GCACUGAUGAUUGGUUGUUUGGAUGGGGGGUCGGGGUCCUCUUCCAGAAUCACAAUCGGUGACUCUUCUCCUACCGUUACUUCCCUUGCUUUUUUUAAACCACUGACAUCUGGUUCAGACCUGCUAAUUCUUUUCCUCACUAAAAAAAAUUCAAUUGAGAGUUGCUUUUUCCAAUGUUUUAAAAAUUGUCUAAAGUGAGACAUAACAUUUUCAUUGAAAGUGUAAGUGGCAUGAAUUACAGCAGCUUUAUCAGGGUGAUAUUUUUCAGCAAAAGUUUGCAUGUCAGCCCAUUUUGCAAGCAUUUCUUUCAUCAUUGCAGUAGAUACACUUUUUCUGCUCUCCUCCUGCUCUGAAGAUAUUUCCUCAGUUGCUGUCUGUUGCUGCUCCAUCAGAAUGUUUUGAUGUUCUUCUGUGGUGAGCUCAGUUUUGUGGUCCUUCACUAACUCCUCCACAUCAUCACUACUCACUUGCAAGCCCAUGGACUUGUUGUUCUGUUAAUGGGUCUCUUGGUUUUGCAGCUUUUAUCCAUUUCCGCACAGUCACACAAUCAAAUUGCAAGAGUGCUUCUGAAAAUACCGUAGCUGAACUGGGUUCCACACAGUCACAAAAACAAAUAAACCGAAAAAGUUGCAAAAACAAAAUCAACAAAUAUAAGCUCCAAAUAUCACCUCUGUGUUGCAUGGGUGCUCAGGACUCGCCAGCCGACAGAUUUCAGCAGAAGCACUCAGAACAGAAGCAUAGCACGUUUGGCUUCCGAAAAAAGUUUCCAAACCAAAGCAUCUCCUUCUGGGUUUGCAGCGUUUGGGUUCCGAUUUGUUCAUCAACUAAGCCAUUUGAGAACCAAGGUUCCACUGUAUUCCACUUCCAUCUAGAAGACAAGAUAACUGGGACAGCGAAGGUAGAUUCAUUGACCAUCUUCUCCCCCUCCAUAGCUCACAAGCCGAAGCCGUUUAAAGAUAGGGAGUUAGCAAAUCUAUUGAAAUCUUACACUUGGAGAGCAUUUAAUGUCUGACUCUUGGGAAUAUUUCUUUUAAGUAGGAGUUUUAUUUAUAGAGGUUUGCUCUAAGGGAAGAAUUAUUAAUAAAAUACACCGAAGACAGCAAAACCUGUCUUCAAGGAACAGAACUGUGAUGUAAACAAACAUUAGAAUCAGAUAAUGAAGCUUUUGUGCUGCAGUCAUAUCACAAAGGAAAAACGGAAAAAUGCUUACUGAAAAGGUUGCUGAGCUGGAAAGCUUGUUAUAAAGGCCAAAAACGCAGAACAGUUUUCUGAGUUAUGAGUCUAUAGGUGUCAAGCAACAUUUUAGUUCACAGUAAAAGCUGUGACAACCCAUCCUAUUAAGCUGUCCAGGAUGUAAUUUUCUAUCUCAGCCUUAUUCAACAGGGACCCUCCAGAUGUUUUGGACCAUUUCCAUUGCCCUGACCAUUAGCCAUGCUGGCUGGGGCUGAUGCCAGCUGUAGUCCAAAACAUCUGGAGGGUACCUGGUUGGGGAUGCUGCUCUAACUGCAACCUGGCACGGUAGUUCAUUUUACCACCUCCUACUACUACGUUUAGAUCCAGCCUCUCUUCUACAUGUUAUGUAAAGUCAGCCUCACUUAAGCUAGUGCUUGUGAGCAGGGAAGGAGCAGUUUCUUAAUUUUUUCCCUUCACAUAUUAGUGGAAACACUAAAAACACCCACUCACCAUAUAUGCUUUACGAUCAGCUGGCACAUCCUUGUCUCUAUAUUUCAAUUCUGUAUAGCUGCUUUCAGCAGUAUAAGUUAGCCCAAUAAAAGUGGUAAGAAAGCAAAUAUUCUCUUGGAGCUCUCCCCACCCCUUUCUGGAAGCCUUCUACAAAAAUUCAACUUGGUAGCCCAUCUCGAAGAACGAAAACUUAGUGAAACUUUAUUUCUACAAACUGCACCACAGUAGGUGGGUGUCCAGUAAGUAACAACCAUCAAUCAGUCAGUCAGUCACCAACUAUGGUGUACAAUUCAAGCCUAUCCUAUCAAGAGAGGUGUGCCUAAACCCGCUGAACUCAAUAGGCUUAAGCACACAUAACUCUUCUCAAGCUUUUAGUCUUAAGCAGCCAUCACUAAGCCAUCCAUGUCCAUUACACAAGUAUAUUUAGCUAUUAAGCUACAUAUAAAAGUAGGCGUGGGGGGCAGUGUAGAGAAUCACGCAUCCAAAGGGUAUGCUUCCAAAUUAGUGCAGCUUGUCCGAAAAAUGCAGUGUUUUAAAAAGUUUCUAGGGAGGGGGCUGCAAGAUCAAACACGAAGAACUCCGAUAAAGAUUUCAGCUAUGUAUAGGAAGCAGAAGGGAUAGUUGCAGAACCAGACGUUUAAGUUGUUAACAUAAUUUCUUGUCCCGGAUGAAUGAGCUGAUCUUACAUAAAACAUUGUUUUAAUGGAAGAAAACUAAUGGAAAAAAGAUUACGAUUAUUUGAGCUUAUUCCACAUCUUCCCUAGUAAUGCCUAGUAAUGCAGUUCCAGAGGUUGCAACCCUGAUGGGAGGGAGACGGGGGUGUGAUGAUCUGGGCUAAAUAUCCUGCUGCGACGACUGCAGCAAAAGCUCAAAAAAAAUGCCUUUUCUGUCUAUGGGGUGGCGCCCUGAACGCGCACCGGCCCCCCGCCCCGAAGUCCUGAGCUGCUUGGCCCUGGGGAAAUAAAAGAGCGCGUGUGUUUAUAUGCGUGCGUGUGAACUGGGGCCAAGUACGUAUUCUCUUGCCAGGCUGUUCUGCGCAGGGACACCGGGAGGCAAAAAGGGCGGGCCCACAGCGCGAGGCCUGCAUGUAGCUCUGCAGAACCAGCGGAUUAAAAAAAAUUAAAACCCCAGAGGGCGGCGUCUCCGCCUGUUACCUCAGCGCCGUGCCCAGGAUCCCCUAUCACGUGAUCCCCGAGAAGGGCGUGGUUGCGCGCGAAAGGCACCCCCUCCCGCCCUCGGCGCGCCGGUCCCCUUCCACAGCAGGGUCUGUGCGCAGGAGGCGAUAGAGAGGUUAGCGCGGCGGCCGUUGAUGAGAGCAUCAAGCGGCGACUCCGAACCUGCAACGGCAGCGAGUCCGCGAGGAAGAGUGAGGAGGGGAGGGGGAAAAGAGCGAGCAGGCGGGCGCGCGGCCGACCGGCUUCAGUCAGCGCGAGCGGCGGCGUGAGGGGGGGGGCGGCGGCGGAGGCAGCGCUUCCCUCAGCGGCGUUCCGCUUUUCUCCUCCUCAAGCCAUCUCUGGUCGCUCUGGCCCGGCCCAUCUCCCCGGGGGUGGCGGGUCCGGGGGACGGAGGGGGUCACUCCGCCCCUUCGCCCGGGGACCCCUGGGAACCGAGGUAAGAAGGACGGGCGUGGGGUGGGGUGGGGGGCGUUGCCCUGGCGAGCCGUGGGGCGUCCUUGUCCCAUUGGGCGUUUGCUGGCCCAGAGUGAGGAUGCGCGGCGGUGGGGAAGACGCGGGGGUGGGGGGCCUGCGCAUUCAGACGAGCGUCUGUGGGAGGGGGGUCCCGGGUUGGGCGCUGGCGCGGCGUGACCUUGGGCACGUCUCCCAGCCCUGGCGGUUUUGACAGCAGCCACGGAGGCGAGAGGGGACUCCGUUCCUGCCGGUGCUGCUGUCAUAAAAAAAAAGUUAAAGAGCUGUUGUGGCCCAAGGGAGCCGGGGUGGAAGCGAUGGAAACUGGCAACUACUGGGAGUGAGUACUAAUUCUUAUAUUUGCUCUCUGGUCUUGCCCACGUGGGUUUUAUGUCUGUAACAAUAGGUCAGGUGGAUAAAGGUUCCUGACAAGGCACAUUUUAAUGUGCCGUACUCUACUUGAAUUCAUCAUAUUUAUAUAUUAGGUUUAGAACACGUGUUUUCAGUAACUUCCUGUAAAUAGAGGGCAAUCAGGCAGUUUCCCCCUGGUUUCCUCCACCUAUAACUAAGGGUGCCAGUUACCCUGCCCCUCUGCAGAGCUGCUAAGGGAUAGAUAUGUAACCAAUUUGUGGGGUGGAGGGGAAUUGAAAGGUGCUGCAAGAGGCUUAAGCAAGAAAACCAGGCAGGUAAUAGGGUGGUGCCAUAUAAGUUGCAAAGUAAUCACACCCUACCUUGUUGUUGUCAUUGCCAAUAAUUGGCAAGUCCCACAACUUGACAUGGAUUUUUCAGUACUUGCUUUCCUUCCUCCAAUUAGUCAACCCUGUGCAAGUGGGUUGGUCAGUUGUUUACUAGGAGUCUGAGUGUAUGACAGCAGCUGGGUUAUUUAUUCUGAGGAUAGGUAUGUAUUAUGUGCUCCUAAAUAAUUAUGAAUGCAAUUUCUAGUUGGUUCUAUGCAAAUUUACCUGCCAGCAUAUACCUCUAAUUUAUAUAGUGCUUGUUUCUGAAGGGGUAUAUGGGGUGGAAAAUACUACCUCUACUGGGACAUGUUGUGCCCUUUGUCCCCACCCCGCAUUCAGUUCUCACCUGUGGCUCCUAGAAGCUGUCAGCAUGUGACAGUGGCCACAUCCAGGGACCAGCUUCAACUGGCCUGCUAAACCAGGUGAGUAUAACUGAUGUGUCUCAAACCCUCAGUGAGUUAGGGACUUCCCCUGCAUUCAAAGACAGGCUCCAGCGGAUUGAGAGGAUGAGACCAAUAACGGGUCCAGUGGUCAAGAAAGCUGUUUCUUCAUGGGCAGCAGAGGGAAGUGAGUGACAAAUGGGGCUUGUCAAGGGAAGGGAAGGGAAGGUAACCCAUCUAGGAGAAGGAAAACUGAUUCUAAACUUCUGCUGCUUUCUUUGGGAGAUGAAAAGGCUAAGGAGUAAAUUCUACACAAAUCUGGAGUGGAGUCCCUAAGACAAUUGGAUGGCGCCUUGUACGCCUCCUCCAUUCAUUCAACUUGUUUUUAUAAUUGCUUGUUAGCCACCCUGAGCCCGGCCUUGGCUGGGGAGGGAGGGGUAUAAAUAAAAAUUAUUAUUAAACGUAUUGCUUUCCUUUCCUUUGGACCACAUCAUCAAGGCCAAGAGGAGGGAUCUUUUCUUCUGGACAGCCCAGGACCUCCAUACACACUGUUCAGGCGUGCAUCCCAGGGAGGUCACUCAGGUGCUGCUAACGCAGCAGUUUGACUUCAACCCCGGAGGUGCACUUUAUUGUCUUUGGAGACAGACAGAUGCCAACAACAUGUUUCUAAAUAGGCCAUGAUUCUGUUCACACUUUAGAUUUUGUGAUUGGUGUUAUAACAUAGAAACAGAGUUGAAUCAAUAGAAGUUCUGUGGUGCAUCCUUGCACCAUUCAGAAAUUCUGCAGCUACAGAAAAUAAUGGAAAAAAUGAGUUGUAAAACAUCUGAGGAAAGGAUGAGUUGUUGCAAGGUCAGAGGACCAGUUUGACUUUCUGGAUAUGGCCUGCAGUUGUGUUUGGCAAGAUUGGGCAAUUUUUUAGUACCAAGCCAGGUUUAAGAAUACUCUAUAGUUGGUUUGACUGUUUAAAAUAACCUCCCCUGUGCUGAUGCCACUUCUAUCCUAGCAAACAUCAACAUGUCUUUUGCACUCACUGCAGGUGCAGGAGGAUAUAUUUUUGUGGUGAAUCCAGCAUGAUGCAUGCAUACAUAAUUUGCCAGUUGUCGUGGCAAUGAACAGGUCUCUGUUUGCAUGAAUCUGUAGAGGCAGGGCUGUUUUUACUGGCAGUGUCACCAACUUGAGGUAGGUUGCAAGUGCAAGAAUUUACAGCCUUUUAUUUGGGAACCUCACCAGAAUCUAGCUUCUGGAUACUUUGCUGUUUAAAAAUAACAUAAAAAAUGCAGUGGGGCAUAUGAAAGGAAAAAGACAAAAGGAAAUUUAAUAGGGGUGGGGAAAAGAGAAUUAUCAGCAGUGACGAUAGCAGGUAAGGAGUAUUGGGAUCUUUUAAAUCCCAUUUUCCACAUUGCCGACUGCUCGUGCUUCACUCUGGAAAUGAGGCUAGCUUCAGUUUCUGGCGGUUCAUUGCCACUGGCUCACCUUUUAUAAAUUAAACAGCAUCGAUUACUGUAUUGUGUCCAUGAUCCGGUGAAGUCUUCUGUUACAACAUCUAGGAUGUAUAUAACACCAAACAUUUAUUUAUUUGUGGAUAUAUUACCUUUCUUCCCUAAUAAUGGCCCCAAGACAGGUUACAAAAGUCAAAAUGAAAUAAAAACCAAUUUAAACAAUAUCAGGAUUAGAAUAUCAAAAACAAAGAGAGCAGAGUUAAACUUUCAGUCUCAAAUUAAAAAAACAAAAGGCAAGUAGAAUAAAAAAUACAUAGCCCACCCUAAUGUCAUGGGGGCCAGUGAUGGAGACCGUCUAGCUUCCCUUGUAAGAGAAUUCCAUAGCAAUGUGCUGCCACAGAAAAGGCCCUGUCCCAUAUUUCUGCUAACUAACCGUUUAUUGGUGGUAGGGUAUACAGCAGUGUCUUGGAUUAUUAUUUUAUCCAACAGGCAGGUUCAUAUGGAAGAAGGGAGUGUUUCAAAUAUCUUGGCCCUGUUUAGGGUUUCAGUGGUAAAUACCAGCACCUUGAAUUGGGCUGUAAAAAAUGGAGCUUAUUUACAUACACAAAUCUCUUUAGUCUGGUCAACUAAUACUGUUUUGUGAAGAGGCCAGUUUAAAGUGAUUAAAACCUUAAUCCUGAUUUUUGUGAACUUGUGAUCUAGAUCACUUCUGCUUCAUGGUUCUGUGUAACUAAAAAACUUGCACAUUUCCAUGCCAACACAAGUUUAUUGAAUUUAAUAAGGAGACUGCGUCAUCUGUUUUGUUUUUUGUAACUACAGAGACCAUACAGCUGUGGAAGAAUACUUCAGCAUAGACAUUUAUAAUAUAUGUGGUUGUCUUCAAAAUCAUUGUACAAGAGACAGGAUUUUGAGUGCGUGCAUGCAAGUGUAUAGUUCUGUUUCUGUGAUUGCCCAGGUGCUUGAGGGCUGACUGUUGGAAAGAGCUAUAAGUCCUUCAGUAAUAUGUGCAUUUAUCUCCUUUGCCCCGCAUUUACUGUCUUCCUUCUAUUCUCCCUGCUGCCUCAUUUCUUUAGUAACAGUUAUUGCAGUAAAGAUUUUUUCGUUCUUUAUUGAAUGUCUUUCUGAGGUAUAUCUUUCCCCACUGGGCUGCCUUUCUCAGAAAUCUCAGUGAUUUUGCUCCCGUAUAGAAAAAACGUUUUUCUUUCCCAUUUGAGAGCAGACAGGAUUUCCUUGUACAAAUUCAGUUUGAGUAUGAUUUAAUCUGUGACUCUACCUCCAGUAUCCUUUUUCCAAGUUCUACUUUUUCAAGUAUGUCGGAAUCAGCUUAUGAUUGGAAAGUUUGUCUGCUGACAAUUGCUUUUCUAUUGCACACUAUCUUUAAUAUAUCUGGGAGUCUUGACAGAUGCAGGGUUUUUUAAAAAUCUUUUUCACUGUAAAAUGAUUCUAAUUCCAUUAGAAAUUUUGCAAACAUUAUUUUCGUUUCCUGUGGAGUAAUUUUACUUUUACAUUUUUUCAAGGGCCCUCAGUCCUAAAAAAAUCUCAUGAAAACUAGUCAUUGCACAUAUGUUGCACAUAUACUACAAGUGAUUUGUUUUCUUUAUUUACCUUGCUGGCAUUUUUGUGAAUCCCCAAAAGGAUGCAACUGGAUCUUGGCUCUCUGAAGAACAGAACUCUAAACCAAAAACAAAUAUUGGUUGGUUUCACUGCUGUGCAAAUAUCUGUAGCAGCCAACAGAACAAUAUGCUAGUUUAAUUUUAGACUGCAGCUCAGUCGUCUAGAGUGUGCAAUUCAAAUAUGCAUUAAAAAAAACCCCUUUCACUGAAUUACAUAGGUCAGAUUACUAUCUGAUAUAAAAUGUAACAUUUCAUUUAAAAAUAUGUAGUUACCUAGAUUUGUUCCUGAUUCCCUAAAUAUUAUGGUUUUCAGAUAAUAUUUUUGCAUAAUAGUUUUCUCUAGUGGUCAGAGGUAAAUUAGUGUGCCACAUAUAGCACCACUGUUCUAUUGUUUACUCUUUUUCAUAUGCAGAGUUACCAGGCAAAUUUUCUUCAAACUAGAGUGUAUGAGUGCCUUUGGAACCAUGCAUUCCUUGUCUUAAUAUUAUUUUGUAUUCCUCUACUUUCCUCCCAUCCUUUAAAGUGUUGAUUUAGUUUCAAAUUUCUCAGCAUAUGCUUACAAUUCUCAAAUGGUUUUUCCUUUGGGGAUUCUAUCUGUACAAGUGCUUUGAGGACUGUCUGUAAACUUACUUUACUCUAUUUAUCAGGGCUUCAAGAUCUUAUUCUGCUUUUGCCGCCUUUGGAAAUAAUUUGGGAAAUAGUUGCCUUGGCUGACUUGCAUAGAUUACUUAGAAAAAUUUACACUUGUUAUGAUAUCUUAUCAAAGAUUCUGCAGCACUGUUGCUCAAACUGCAGAUUCAUAUAGCAGUAAGGAGGCUUGUUGCCAGUUUAAAAACAUUAGUUUUAAGUGUGGAAAGCAGAAAAAAGGCGUGUGAUGGUUUGCAAACUGAGCUGCAUGUGCUGCAAUAUACACAGAUAAUUUUAUGUUAUGCUAAUAGAUUCACCCUAUUUAUUUAUUAUGUUAACUAACAUGGAAUAUUAUUGCAGUGGCUUACAAAAAUAGUGAAAUGUUUAUACAAAUAAACAAAUAAAAUACAUUAACUCUAAACUAAAUCACUUACAAGUAAAAAUGAAGUAGCUGUCUAUAAAACUCAUUAAAAUGUAGCAACUGACAGCCUUCUUGAUUUUUUUAUUUUGCUUUAUCAACUGUGUGAGAGGUAAGAGAAGUAAGGCAAGUGGAUCUCACAAUUGAGGAAGCUACCACAAAGAAGGCCCAAGUCCAUAUGGUGUUUUGAGUCAUCUGGAGAAUUCCUGGAGAAGGUGGUAUCAUUCAGAGGAAGAAUGGGAGGAGCUCAGGGACCUGGAGGAAUCCAAUCUGGACAAGGGCUCUAGUGGGUUGGGGAUUGAUGAUUCAGGAACCCAAGAAGUGGGCGGUUCACAGGAAGUGGGGGGAUGAAGAGGUUCAGAUCCGCAGGAGGGAUCUGUGAAUUGCCUGUGGGCCUUCUGAAGGCUUCAGUACUUGCAAGUGAGCUGGCUUGAGUCCCUUUUCCUGUGAGGGAGUGGCUGUCUGCUUUGAGAGAGGCACCUGGGUAGAAAAUGGAUAGUGAGCCAGCUUUGAUGCCUUCAUCUUCAUCUUCACUCAUGCCAGUGCUGCAUGCCCAGUCUGCUCAGAGGCGUGCUUGGCCAGUCUUCAGACUUGGGCUGCUUGCUGCACAAAUAGUCAUGCCCAUGCAUUCAAAAGCAGAGUCUAGGAUAUGUGUCACUUGUUGGAUAAACGUCUUAGCAAUACCUAGUCAUGCACCUUAGAGGUCUUCUGUGCUUUAUGACAUUGUAACCUGUAGGCUCAGGUUUGUGCGCCGUACUGAAUUGCUAAAUAAAAGCUUUAAACAACCUGCUUGUGGUGACAGUGUGAGUUCCAAGUCCAAUGAUGGGGAUCAGGAUAUAUAGCUGCACUCCAGAAAAAGUGCUCCAAAGCAAGUAGCUUUUAGACAAUCUUAAAAGUAUGUCUUGGAGGUUCUCCUUCUAGUGAAGUCAUUGUUAUGUGGUUCUGUUCCUCUGUUUAAAAUUGUAAUAAAGCUAGUUGUUGACUAAGGAUUUGUAAAGUUGAAGGCAGUGGUGACUACCUUUUGCUUCCUACUAUCCUGUUUCUGCUAUGGUGUCUUGUUCUGCAUAUGUUAGCUGCUCUUGUUUCAUUUCCAUUCUCUCGUUUUCAUCUUGACUCUGCUUUUAUUUUACUGUCUUUGCCCACUUGUUAGAGAAGUGAAAGAAAGUGGUUACUGGCCAUUUAAAGGAUCUUGGUGUGUAUUAUUGGAGGCAGAGUAGAAUAAAUCUAUAAUUUGUAGCAUUUGUGGUAAUAGUGAUCUCCUAAUCCUACACAUUAAUUCCCCCUUCUUUUCCCCAGCUGCUCUUUAUCUGAAGGCUUUUGCAGCAGAGGUGCUGUGUGGGGCAUUCUCUCCCUGGAUAUGCUAAUCUGAUGUCAAAUUUAAUGACCUUUUGGUACUAAAGAUCUUUUAUUUAUCUUGAUCUUUUAAAAAUCUUUAAUUCUUACAAUUCUGCUAUCUGCUGAUGGUUUUAUUAUUCUAUUAUUAAAAUCCUCAGUGGCUAAGAGAAAGGCUGUGCCAAGACCUCACUAACAUAGUGCAAUAUUUUGUCAGUGGUAUUCAGUUUCUGCUAGGAAAGACUUUGUGAGUUGCUCACUAGUUUGCCCACAGCUAUGUAUUUUCAGGAACAAGCAGGAUCAAAGGUUAUACAGAUUGUUUGAAUUUGUCUAAAAUGUUCGCAGGUUGCUCAAGAAACUGCCUAGAGGUAUGGUUGUUUCUUCUUUGCAGAAAGUCUCCAGUUCACUGCAAGAGACUUCCAUGUUCUUUUUUGUUGUUAGUGAAACUUUUCAGAAUAAUAAUAAUAAUAAUAAUAAUAAUAAUAAUAAUAAUAAGAAACCUUUAAUGUCACUACACCACCUGUGUGCAGUGAAAUUAAACAAUACAAUAAAAAAAUGGAGACUCACUUAGGCAGUUCUUGUGCUGUCUUGUUGCCAUUAUAUCUCUUGCAGCCUGCUCAUCAUGUCCACAGCUUGGACUUUACUCCAUAGUAAGGUAAAGGUAAAUGACCCCUGGACAGUUAAGUCCACCCAAAGGCGACUAUAGGAUGCGGCACUAAUCUCCACUAUCAGGCCAAGGGAGCCAGCGUUUGUCCACAGACAGCUUUCUGGGUCAUGUGGCCAGCAUGACUAAACUGCUUCUGGUGCAACGGAACACCGUGACGGAAGCUAGAGCACGCGGAAAUGUCGUUUACUUAAUUUUAUUAUAUUAUUAUUUUUUAAUUUCUAUACCACUUUAUAUUUUUAAUAAAAAUCUCAAAGCAGUUUACAGCAUACUAAAUCAAUAAAUCAAUGAAACAAUAGCCGGGUGAUGUUCCUCUGGCCUCAUGAGGAGCCUCUUUUGUGGGGCUGGUAGGUGUGGGCCCCGCCCCCUAGGCCAGGUGGAAAGGGCCUUGCAGGGAGCGGCCUUCCCGCUGCAGUGGUACCUGUUUAUCUACUUGCACUGGUGUGUUUUCGAACUGCUAGGUUGGCAGAAGCUGGGACAUAGCAACGGGAGCUCACCCCCUUUUAUGGAUUCGAACUGUUGACCUUUCGAUCAGCAAGCCCAAGAAGCUCAGUGGUUUAAACCACAGCACCACCCGCAUCCCUUACUCCUUCAUAGUAUCUCUGUAUGGUGAAGAGUAAAAAGCAGUGUGAUUUGUCCUGAACUCUGAAAUAUGAGAGGAGCUCAUUUUUGUUUAACCCAAGCAAAAUGGCUGCUUAAUGGGGUAAAACCUAUUUAUCUGGUUCACAAACAUUAUAUACUGCUUGAUUGUAUUUAAAAAACAAACAAAAAACCCCCUCAAAGCGUAUGAUUAUGAGCUAUGGGAUACAAAGCAGUGUGCUUUGCAGCUGAGCAAUCCUGAGACAUUAAGUUUGGCAUUGUCUCUUUUUUGUUCAAACAUUUAUCUGUUAAAUGAUUUGGCCUGAAAAUAGAAGCUGCAUAUUGCUACAAGCCUCCUGGUCUCUCAGCUUAUUGUGGGAGCUGCCGCAUGCCAUGCUGGAGUUGUUAUGAAGAGUCAGUUUACUGUUUGGCAAAGGAGAUGUAAAUGUCCUCCUGGAAUUUCCCUUUGCCACUUGGUUGCUAAGUGAUCAUCUUUAUGGGCAUAGGAAUUCUGCUCUCCACCUUCAUGACAGGGUAGUGGAGCUCCUAGAAAUGGGAUAUCGUGAAUGUGUGACAUAUAUACAAAGUACUUCCUUGCACAUAGCAUAUGGGAUGCCUUUUUGGAAUGACUGCUUAACAUUAUUGUCACAAAGUAUCUCUGUGAUUUGGUACUCUGAUUCAUUGCCCAAUUAACACAUAACAGCCUCUCAUUCUUACCUUUCUAUUUCUCUUGAUAAACUGGAAAGCUUGAUUUUCAGUAAUUCCAAAGAAGCCCAAGGCUGUAACAGGGCUACCUUAAUUAGUAGCCUUUCCAGUAGUUUAUCCAAAGGGGUGAUAUCAUUUAUUGGUAAUAUUAUCUUCCUUAAAGCUAGUUCCUGUUUAUAGUCUUACCUUCUUUUUAUCAGUAAUAUUUUUACAGUAAUAAAUUGAAUUGCUCAUUUAUGAAGCAUUGCUGACUUUGAUCUGUGAUAGUGUAAAAGCUUUAACAUCUAAUACUUCAGCAGUUAUUUGUGUUGAAAAUGCAGUUGUGUUGAAAAUGAAGCUAUGCUGCAUACUAUAGCCACAAUGUAGGAGUUUUGUCAGAAAUAACUACUUUCUGACUUUCCCACAUUUACUCACAUUGUUACUGCUUCCAUUAUAACAGUUUGAAUGGAUUUGUGGGGUACGACUCCAAAGACACCAUGUUUAAUCAUUUAUUUAACUUGUUUGCGGCAUUCAAAUCAAGCUUGCUCAUUGUAGUUCCUUGGGUCAUUUUGAAGCCCAUAAGGGACUGACUUUAAAUAAACUAUAGUACAGUAGUGAGAAAAACAAGCAGCCAUGUCUUCUUUACUGAAAUUAUUUGACCACUAGGGCUGCUUAUUUCUGAAUUAACUAUAUCAGGUUGGCCCAACUUUUCAUACCAAGUGGACUGCAAGAGUACUUUGACACAGAAUUUGUGAUUUUUAAGGAAAGGGAAGUAACAUUAUUGCCAGGUAACAGGGAAGGUUAUAUUAUGGUAACUUUCCUUCGUGUGAGACUGUUGGAUAUCAUUUUUAGAUUUCUGUUUUUCGUAUGUUGUUGUUUAAAAGCUCAGUAAAAAACAUUUUAAAAAUGGAAGAUUGUGAAGAGAGAAGCAACUUUUGCUUGAAAACUACUCUGAGUAAAUGAGCUUAUACGUCUCAUCUGAGUGAAUGAGAAACAUUGUAAUUAUGCAGACUUCCGUAGUACUAAAUGGAUAAGAUGACCAUGCAAGUUUCAUAAACGUGGUAAGCCAUGGGAUUCACAGUAAAUACAUAUUGCUACAUAUUGCAACCUCUGGUUGACAAAAGAUGUUUUUACUAUGGUGUUAGGAAUUGGCCCGAAUAGGGAAAGAAUUUAAAUAUCUCUUCCUCUGCUUCUGAAGAUACAAUAUGACAAUUUGCAUUUUCAUGUUUUGGACUGAAUGAUUAUGCAGGUUAAUUAUAAACAGUAUAUAGAAAUAGGUGGCAGAUGCAUGUUGAAAGCGUUGGAGGUGUUACUUCAUUUUCUUCUCACUUAAGCCUUAAUUGCUGAAUGAGGAAAAUACUUGUAAAUGCCCAUCUGUUGGAUAAGUGAGUGUAGUAUUCCCCCCCCCCCAUUUAUAAAUUUGAAUUUUACAUUUCUAUCUAAGUGAAGUUAAGCAUAAAUAUCUUUGGCUAAGAGAACAUGUAUCAUUGUUUAGAAUUGUCUUUAUUUUUAGAAUAUACAGCCAAAAAUUUUGCCUGCAGAAUUUUCUCUCUGUAACUGAUUGGAGAAGAAAUAUGUGUUAUAUGACCGAGCAGUGACUAUUUUGAAGUCCUUUGCUGGGGAUGGUGGAGACUUCAUUUGACCCACAUUUUAAGCAAAUUGACUUAAAUCACAGCCCCUGGAAUAAUACACUGAUUGGAAUAUAAGUAUCUUCAGGUUUUGCACUUCUUUAAAUAUUGCGAUACAGUUCUCAGCUUUAUAAAGUGUAAACAUAUUUUAUAAAUGCAUGUUUUAAAAUAAAAUAUGUUUAGAAUGCAUACACUGAGAUUAAAUACAUUUUAAAAUACAUAUUUUGGUAUAGAUUUUGUGGUUUAAAUGUGAGGCUGGAAUAAACCAAUGAAUCCCUACCCUUUGCUGUCCCCAAAUGUGUAAGUCCUGUGUCCUAAGCAAAUGACUAAACUUAAAACUUUGAAAUAACAUGAAAUUUGGCCAUUCUAUUUUAGUAUGUAUAUUUUAAUUCAAAUUUCAUUUUGGUGGCCAUGUAGAUUUGGUAUAUUCCAGAAGGCAGUAUCAAAUUCACCCCCUCCUUCUUCUUUUACAUAGAUAACCUAUGGGGGUAGAUCCUGUGGUUGAACUGUGGUGGAGUUACAGCAAAAUGCAUGGAUGCAUGAACUUGUAGCCUUACACAUUGCUGGGUGGGGUGGGGGAGUUGCUAACAUUACCGUGGCUUCCACUGCUGUUCGGAACAAAAUAAUCAGGGCUUUGCCUGUUCUGUGCAGUAAGUAUGAGGCCUUACCUCUAAAAGUUAAAUUCAGCUGAAGUUUUCUUUAGGCCCAGUGCAGACAUUAGUAUCUUCAUCUGAUAAUGAUAGUGUUCACAUAUUUUUCCUAACGCUUCCCUCUCCCUUUGUGUGUCCACCAUUGAUGGAAUCUUCCUGGUUUCUUUAAUCCACAGUUUUCUAGGAAGUUUGAACAAAAAAAAAACCACCUCAUUUCAAACCAGGAUCUGAUUCUACUUUCAGGUCUUGAUUUGGCGGAAGCCUUAAAACUACUGUUUCAUGGUUCAGACAACACAAGAAACUGUGGCUUCACAAACCAGGUAUCUUAAUCAAUGUUGAGUGUAUGAUGGAAGGUGGGAAGGAAUAACUAGAAAGGUACAAGGCUUGUUCCUGAAUUGAUAAACAGUGGUUCAUUGGAGUUGGAUCUUUAUACUGCAACUGGACCUCAGUCUGCAAUGCUAUGUGCACUGGCACCUUGGAAGUAAAUUACUUCAGAGUAAAUAUACAUAUGAUUGGGUUGUUAGUUGCGUAGAUUUUUAUUGAUUUGUUUUUGUCCUGGCAUUGCUCAAAUACAUUGAUGCAAACAGGCUUUUGAUAUCUGUCUCUAUCUAUCUAGAAGUUUGUGUGUUAUUAGAGAGAAUGAAAGAAACAUUUCCUGCUGGGAUGUGUUUCUUUUACCAUCUUGCUUCUUUGAUCUUAAGGAUUUAAAGAAUCUUAUUUCUGUUAUGGCAUUUCUGUUGUUGCUAACAUCAAUAACCAAAUUAUUUUGGCUUCUUUUAUAGGGGAGGGGUGGGUUUAUAAACUUUUCCCAGCACUAGUCACUGUCAGUAGUUCUUUUACAACGGCAAAAAAUUUCCGUGUGCUGUGCUUUCAGUACUAUUGGAUAGUACUGUUUAUAUUCAAUACAGAAAAUUUAGUGGAAAACACAAUUUCUUCAAGCAGUUCACAUCAUGGCUGCAGAUACUGUAGACCAGUUGUUGAGGAUGGCAUAUACAGGAUUGUGGGAAUUUAAUUGGCAUUGAUAAUGAUGAUGAAAUGGUACUUCGAAACUUCUUAAACAGAAGUGAUUUAUAUGCAAAUUGGUUACAGUAGGUAUGGGAAUCCUUUUUCAGCCUGGGGGCCACAUGCCUGUUUUAGACGCACCCAAUGCAAAAAGUCGAUGGGGUCAUUCCCUCUCUUGUACACACACAUGCAUUCAUACAACCACCCCCCCCCAGCACCCACUCACCCCUCCUCUCUUUCACUUACCACACCACAUGGAGCUUUAGCUUUUUUAAAAAAACAUAAUUGCUGGAGGGCUGUGUUAUUUUCAUGGAGAUUGCAUCAGAUGAAGAAGGGUUGACCUUUCCUUCCUCAGUUGUAACCCCCAACUUCCCAGUGCACCAAUUAUGGUUAAAACAGCUUUCUAUGUUUCCCCCCGUUUUUGCUCCUAUAACGUCUUGAGGAGAGGUCCUUUCAUGAUUUCCCAAAAGCUAAUAACAUCAACUACAAUAGUGGUUUUCAAACUUUUUUCUCUGGGCCACGCUUUCAGAAAAAAAAAAUUUGCUCGUGCAACACCAACUUUUUUAUGGAUAAGAAAUACAUUGGAAAGCAAAAAGAAACAGCUCCUAACAGUGCUUGAUUUAUAACACUGGACACAAUUACUUUGUAAUAUCCUGGGACACCCAGAAAGUAUAAAGCAUGAAUCAUUCCCAAAAUAUAAUUAUAAAUGAGCCUCUUACAUAUGUACCUUAAGUAUUUAUACAAACUCAAUGAGAGAUGUGAGCUUGUAGCAUCACUUGGUUAGGGUUGCCAUAUUUCAAAAAGUUAAAAUCCAGACACAAAAAUUGCUGAGGUUUUUUUGAGUUAUUUUUUAGGAAAUUCACCCCCCCCCCAAAGGGCUGCCAUGUGCCCAGAUUUUCCUGGACAUUUUAAUCGCUUUCUGAGAAAUCUGCCCGGAUGCUAUUUUCGGAGGAUGAAUCCCAAAUGUAUGGCAGCCCUGCACUUGAUGUUCUUGCUCUCAUUUUGAAAAGAUAUCUAUCCAUAUUCUGCAAAUUAAAAAACAACUAUUUUGAUACUAUAUGCUAUAUUAAAUAUUUCUUUGAUUGUCCUUCAAUUUUCCCGCCACACUUGCCAUCCCCUCCUGCCACACCAUUGUGGCUUGCCACACUCUUUGACAACCACUGAACUGCAAAGAAUUCUGAAAUCAAUUCUAGCUUGUUCAUUGUAUCAUCAGCUUAUUGUCAUCAACUUACUGAUUUAAAUUGAGAGUCAAAUAAUCUUCACAUAGCCUAUUACUGAAUAGCGAUCUGUAUCCAGUUACCGUAUUUUUCGCUCUAUAAGAUGCACCAGACCACAAGAUGCACCUAGUUUUUGGAGGAGGAAAACAAGAAAAAAAAUAUUCUGAAUCUCAGAAGCCAGAACAGCAAGAGGGAUCGCUGCGCAGUGAAAGCAGCAAUCCCUCUUGCUGUUCUGGCUUCUGGGAUAGCUGCGCAGCCUGCAUUCGCUCCAUAAGACGCGCACACAUUUCCCCUUACUUUUUAGGAGGGAAAAAGUGAGUCUUAUAGAGCAAAAAAUACGGUAGCUAUUGUGUAAAUACUUUGGAGAACAAAAUUUGCUCACCUAUCUACCUUUUCUUUAUUUUCUAACAAAGUCAGCAGCAUAUCAUCUACAAAUACUGCUUUCUUAUUUAUUUUUAGAAAUAAAUUGUAUUGGUGGUGAACAAUAUGUCCUGCUGUGUUACUCAUCAAAGGUAAUUCGUUCAGUUGCAAUAUGUUACCUAUAUUCACAGUUAAUUUAAGGUGUGUUUUUUCUUGAUAGAUACAGAAUGGAAGGACUUUAAGUGAAAGACAAGUUCUGCUUCAUUAUGGAGACAACUAGCUUUGAAGGGGAGCCGGAUAGAACUUCGGUAAGUAAUUUUGUACAUAGUGACUGGCAAUGGUCAAAUCUUAAACAAAGGGCAUUUCCUCAGGCAGCCAUCUAGCUUCACAACCAACUAAUACUGCAAUCCUAAACAUGUCUACUCAGAAGUAAUUCCAUUGAGUUCAGGGGGACUUAAUCACAGGUAAGUGGUAAUAGGAGUGUCCCUUCGCUUUUACAAUAAACAUCAACAAUUUUCCCCACUGGGAAGGUGUGUAAAAGAGAUUUACUUGAGGUUUGAGCACAUAUUGUCAGAAGAAUUCCCUACCCUCAAAAAAGAAAAAAAGAGGGAAAUGCUUUGAUGGUUUUGUUCUUUUGGUAGCACCUAAUUUAAACCACAAAAGCAGCUGAAUUUUAGUAGAAAGUGUAGAGGAGAGCCUUGCAGUGUUUCAUAACUUGCGUGUCUACAAUGUAAAAACUUCCCAACAAAUUGAAUAUCAAAUAUACUUUUUAUAAACUCUUGCAGUUUGCUUGCUUUUUCCCUUUUCACACUUCUGAUUUAAUUUAAACCAGCCGCUACCAACCUGGUGCCCUCCAGAUCUCUUGGGCUAAAACUCUCAUCAGCAUGGCUGGGCUGGCAGGAGCUGUAGUCCCAAACUUCUGGAGGGCCCCAGGUUGGUGACAGCUGGUUUAAACUGGUCCAGUAGAAAACUCAUGUUGAACCUGGUAGGAAAUAAGAAAGGGUUACACAAGAAGCAGAAUAUAUAGCAACUGCAACAGGAAAUGGUAGUGGUAGAUAAAGAAUUGUGAAAGCAACCGCCUUCCAUCAUGUGGUAGUUUGCAAAGAUUUGGAAUAUUGUUAGAACAGAAAAAGGAUAGAAGAAGCAUAGAAGAUUUCAGUGUUAAACAAUUCAGUGUUAAACAUUCUGAAAACGGGGCUGCUUUUCCUGAACUAUGUGGAAGGUAAGAGUGUGAGAUAACACAACCAAAUUGGAAUAUACUUCUUAAUUUAAAGCUUCAGUUUAAUGAUAUUGUGGCCAGGGCAAAAAAAAUCAAAGGCAAAUAGAUGCCAUUGACUAGUGAAAUUAUUCAUUUUUCCUGUCUCUAAUGGAUGUGCCUGUAUUCUAGGCUCACCAGAAUCAGCUUGAGAUUUAGAAAAAUGUUUAAAUGAACAAGUGAAAGAAAUAACUAAAUCUCUAAUUAGGUAAGCAACAUGAUAGAAAAUGUUGAAUCCCAGUUUUUGGAAAAGUCCUUUUCUUCUAUAUAAAUUGUUAUAUUUAACAAGUAAACUGCUACAUUGUAAGAGUUUGAAAAACUAAAUUCUAGCUUAUUUCCUACAUAAUAUGAACUGUGAUUUUUAUAUGUCAAAUUGUAGUUUAGCUCUUUUAAUUAGUUUGAGGCAGUACAGUAUAUAUAGGGAUUUUUUCCACGAGUACAAUAUAGCAGUAGCAGAUCUCAGUAGACUUGUGUGUUAGCCUGUUGCUUAGGAGCUCCUUGAAAGUAAUUAGCUAUGCAGUGCUGAAAUAUUUACAUACUGGCCAUUACAAUAAUCUUGGACGAUCAGCUUUUAUCUGCUUCACUCAGCUUUCCCAUUUCAGUGCUUCUCUUGUUGGCAUUUGCUCAGUUGUACAGGCUUGUGGAGGUCUUAGUGGCUAGACUAUCCUCUGCUCUAUUUUAUCAUGUAAGUACUGAUAAUAUAGUUGCUCCAUUGUAAGACUCAUCUGAGUCAUUUAUGCUUAAGAUGCUAUUUCUGUCUUUCUCCUCCUCUUUCCUUCAAAGCGUUGCAUGAGAGAUGACAUGUAGUUUUCACAAUGAGCUUGGAAGACAUUCAUUUAGCAAGUGAUUAUUCUAGUUGAUUUGGAACACUUGAUCUAUUGUUUCAUGACAGUUUGACUUACCAUUAUUAUUAUUUAAAUCUAUAACUGUAAAAUAAAAGUCCGUUAAAAUGUGUAGCAUUGCUCUCAGAUGUGUUACGCUAACUUCAAACAGUCCCAAAGUGCCUCCAUAACAUUAUCAGCGCAAACAUAUUCCAUAACCUUGAACAUUGUUUAAUUAUGUUACCGCCAAUGCAAGGCAAAAGUUCUCUUGUAGCGAGUUGUUUUUCAAACUUUUCAGAUACUGAACUUGCUUAUAACCUUUUAUCUGCAAUACGGGACACAGUCCUGAUUGUUAUUUUUAUUUUUGACUGUGUGCAGACCUUCCUACUUUUCUUAGCAAAAGUGUUGCUAGUUUAACCCACUUCAGAGUGGGUCAUGAUCCACUCCUCAUGUUUUUCAAACAUGGGGAGCUGCCUUAUACAGCCUGACUAAGAACCACAUAGCUCAGGAGUAACCAGUGUGGUGUCCUUUAGAUGUUGAACUACAACUUCCCACUCCCCCAAGCCCUCACCAACAACUGGAAGGCUACCCCUGAUCUAGCUCACUGUUGUCUGCACUGACUGACAAUAGCUUUCUAGGAUUCCAGAUAGAGAUGUUUCUCAUCCCUCUCUGGAGGUUUUAGGGAUUGAUCCUGAGACCAAAGCACACAGUUUACCACUGAGCUAUGCUAGCCCCCCACCCCACCCCACAAACUUGAUUUAAUAUGGUACAUUUUCUUUUCCUUUAGUAGAGAUAACAGACAGGAAUCUUUAAACAGAGAAGGAAGUAUUUUAAUAGAUUCGAGGUAAGGUUUUUAGUUAACACCAUAGUUUAAGCAUAAUGAAUUUCAGAUGCAUACUGAAUAUUAUUAUUAUUAUAGUAAUUAACAUUCAUGUCAUAGUGAUGUUCAUUGGUUGCUUCAAAGAACAUGUAAAUAUUCAGUCAGGCAACUAUUUAGACAGUUGCUUAUUAAGGUAGGUACGAAUCUAGUUUAAACUACAUAGCAGAUCUUUCACUUUUAACAAAAGAACACCUCCAAAAGGAUACUAUUUUAAAAAUCAUACAUUUCUGAUUUUAUCAUGAUUUUUUUUCUUUCUCCACUAAAGUGCUGAAUGACAAAGAACUGUUAGACACAUGUGUUUCUGGCUUUCCCAUAUCUGUAAGGGCCAUAAGAGACGUGUGUGAUGGUCUGUGUUUCUUUUUAUAUUAAAAGUAACCAUGGAAGAAUGACUACACUACCCUCCCUUCAGAAUGUAUUAUUCAAAAUCUCCCACAGCUAAUUUUCUUCCGUAAGGAAGAACUUCCCCUACCCCUGUACUCAUCUCUAUCCUCCCCCUCCCCAGUGGAAAAGCAGCUGGGGGAGACAUGUUUGAACAAGGGGAGGAGAGACGAAAAUGAAGAAGGCCAAGCAGCUCUUCCUCUGCUUAGACUGACAGCCUUUUACAGCAACUCUUGCUAACAGUUUUGAUGUACUAUUAGUAGUGGUUUGUGCCUGUCAAGUUUUAAAUAAUUUAAAUGCAUGGUGCAAUUUUAAAACAAUGAUUAAUAAUAACAAAGAAUAUUGUAUCAGUAUGUAAUUUUAUAUCAUUUAAGUGCGAACCCAAAGGUUGUAGAAUAUCCCGUCUAUGAGAGGAGUUCUAUUCAGAGCUCUAGCUGAAUGGAAAUAGGAAUCUUCUCAUGAUGUUCAGGUUGCAUUCUUCAUCAUGCUGAGACAACAUGCCAGUUUAGGGGUACCCAGGAGAGGUUGUGUAGCAACAAAUGGAAAUGGGAGUUGCACAGAAAGAACAUUUGGUGGUGGUGGUGGUGCUGCUGCUUGGAGCAGUUGCCUCACUUUGCCUAAUGCUGACUUAUCUCACUGUAGUUGAAGGAAGGGAGUAUUUUUUAACCUUCAUAUUAUUCAUCAAACGUUUUUCUCACCCACUUCCCCAAGGCUGCCUAUGGACUACUCCCCCACUUCACCCCCCAUUUUUUGGGUUACCCUGUUUUGCUUCCAAAUUGAUAUUCAUUCAGCUACCACAGUUUGCUAUUGGAAGAAAUUAUUAUGCCUAGUUGAAAUCCAUAUUUUUAAUAAUAUACUUGACAAUAUUGUAUGCAUUUCCCUCAUUAGAACAAGAUUCCAUUCUAACUCACUAUAUUUGAUGUAGCAUUAUACAGUAUAAUUUAGUUAGCUGUUGUCAACUGAAGGUAAAGACUUGAUUUUAAGUUCUGCAGCUACUUUCUACUAUUAAUAGAUUGAAUGAAAGUUAAACUUCCUUUAUUGUAAAAGGCAUCCCUUUUACAGUGGAAGUUGGUGUGUUAUGUGAUUGGAUAAAUGAAAAAUAAUUGUGAAAAGUAUUUGUACUUCUGGAGAAAUUAGUCAUUCAUUAACUGUAGCAAAGCUAAUAAUGGCCUGUUGCUAAGCACACUUGUUUUGUUUUCUCUUGUUUUUUUUUGGUGCUGUGUUGUUCUUAAGAAAAUUAAUCAGGAAUGAUGUGCAUUUUUUAUUUUUAGUUUCAAACUAACAUGCUGUUUCCCUUUCUCUCUCUUGCCUUUAAUUGUGGCUGCCUCCUCUGCUAUAUUCUCCCUCUCCAUUUUUGGCCUUGCUGCUUUUGUCUGCUGUUCUGCGUACUCAAUUGCACGCCACCUCAAGCAUCAUGAUGAGAUCAAAGACUGCCAGGGAUCCUCAAGUAAGUAAAUGAUUUCUGCUACAACAUGUGAAGAGCUAUAUUAUCAUAUUCCCAGAUCGUGACAUGAUUAGGUUCUUCCACUAGACACUGUCAAGUGCCGAGCUUUUAAUGAAUGAUCAGACACAAAGUAGCAGAGGGAGGUGGAAUAGCUGAACUACAGAAACUGUGCAUUUGUGUGCAAGCACAUGUGUGUGUACAUGCGCACAAGCUUAAGUCUGCUGUGCCUUAAGAAAAUAAACAAGAAUGUGAAAAUAGUAGGGGCCUUAGGUUUUUUUUAAAGUUGGAAAACUAAAUUUAAAUCAUUCUCAAACUGGAACACAUAUAUAUGGCUCUGUUGAUUAGAGUAUAAUUUAGUCUGUACUAUAGUGACUAGUAACCUUGUUCUGUUGGCGAUAAUCUCCCUGUUUUAAUAGAAAAGUGGAAGCUAGUAGCCAUCCAUGUGAUAGUAAACAAAUAAAAGAUCUUGCAAAUAGAUAAAGCACAGAAUUGUGUUGUUUCUAUAUUGACUUGCUGUCUUAAAUAUCUUUAGCUAUUUUUUAAUUAAUUAUUUAAAUUUACUAAGGUUCUCUUGUGGGGUUAUAUCUCAGUAUUUUGAUUUUAUUACAGCAGCGCUGUUGCUUGAUGAAGGAAAUCUUAUUCAAUUAAUCAUCUGAGUUUUGCUUUAAAUCUGCCUAAGUUUGCAUGUGAAUAAUGCAAUAAUUCUGAAGAAUAUUUCAUUGGCCUAGUUCGCAUGACCCAGUAAGCCGAACUAUGGCUGUGGGACUGCACAGGCUUUUGGAGAAAUCACAGAUGCUUUGCUUCUUCAAGCCUUUUUUAUUCCCAUGUUUAGCAUGCCACCGAAACCCAAGUGUGUGGUGAAGUUCUCUCUUAACUAGCCAUGAGCUGUAGCCUGGGUUUAUUCUUGUCUACAACUCAAAAUUAACAAGAUGAGAGCUUAACUGUGAGCCCAGGUUUGAACACCACACUUUGCCAAACCAUGGAUUAGCUCAGUGCAAUAAAGAAGGACUAGAGAGAGAAGCAAAGAGGGAUGAGCUCCUCUCCAGGAGCCUAUGCAGUCCUGGUAAGCUCUAAUUGGCUUACUGUGUAAUGCAAAGAAUCAUGGCGUUUUGGCGGGGGCUAAACAGUGUGUUACUUGAUUUAAGCUUUUUAAAAAGUGUGCAUAAUGCUGCUGCUCCUAUUUUGAAGAGAGAGCAGCUGAGAGGCCUUGAUUCAGUACCAUGUUCCUAAUCCAGCCAGGGGUUCUUGCUAGAACCCAAUAUUGGAGAGAUAAAUGAAAAAUAUAUAGGCAGCUAUCAAAUGUUUCUCUUGGGACUAUAAAUAAGCAAUAUUUAGCACUACUCCUGUUGGAAUACAAUUAAAAGGAACUGCCUGCUAAAGUCUUCUCAGAUAGCUGACACCAUUCUUUUGAAGAGCUCUUCUCUUAACUAAUUGUAACACACUAUUAUAGUGAGCAAGGUUGACAAGCUCCUUUUUGUACUGGAAAAGUCUUGAGACAUCAUAUGUAGAGACUGAGAUCCAAAGUUUCACACAACUAGUUCCGUUGUGUGAGUUUCUGUUUUGAAUUUGUACUUCUUAAACAGUUUAGGCACUCUGUAGUCAUUUUAAAAAAGAAAAAUGUAUAGUUGCGGCUAUCAAUAUAUCUGCUCUUAACUGAAUUUCUGCUUUGUGAAUGUUGCAUUUACUCAACAUUCAAACACCAAUAUUUUGUCACUUGUUCUCGCCCAAUCCCAGCUUCUCAGUUGAGAUUGCCAGGGAAGUGCUGAAUGGAAUCCAGUCAUAAGUGCAUUGUGGGGCUCCUGUUGGAUAGUGUCUAGUCACAACCGGGUGGGGCAGUUACACAAAUUUUAGCCUUGCACAGGUUGCCAUAUUUUCAAAGUGUGCCCUGCUCGGAUAUUGCUUCAGCAGCAGUUAGUCUUAGACUGAGCCCUAUAUAGGAGCAGCAGUUCUGUCUCACCUGGAAGUUCCACCGUCACUGAAAGGUGCCUCUUCAGUAAAUCAUGUUACUGGAACUGAAUGGUGAGAGUUUGGAUUCCUGUUUUUCUGGUUUAUGUUAGUGUCUGGGAUCUCUUCUCAGUAUCCACAUUCAGUGUGUGUGACUGCAAGUUGAGAAGAGGAUUUCCCUUCCCUGCCUAGCAGAUUGUACCCCAAGGAAUGGGGAACCUGUUAAACACCAACUCCCAUCAACCCCAGCGAGCAUAGCCAGUGGUCAGGUAUGAUGGCAGUUGUAUAGUCUAGCAACAUCUGAAGGCCACAAAUUCCCUACCAAUGCGGUAGCUCAGCUCACUUGUUCUUUGAACGCAAGUGGGCUUCAAGCAACUAAAAGCUUUUAUGGUUGCUUAAUAACAUCUCCGAAGGAACUCCUAUCCAAGACUUUACCUCAUAACUAAAUGCUUAAUCCUUCUAGCGGGCUAAGCCUUCACCUUUUAAGUAUGAGACUAAACUAUGUGUAUUUCUUAUUAUAAUUACUGCCCACAUUACGCUUAUAUUAAAGACCCAUAGGCGUCAUUCUGUAAGGUGUGAGACAAUCUAUUAAAACCACAAAUUCUGUUCCUUUAUAAAAAUCAAUAUGACUCAUAUUACCCAUAUGAAAUUUGAAAUGGAGGAUUCAGGGAGGGGGGUGAGCUGCAAGCCUUUCAAAAUUCAGAAUGAAAAAUCAGGUAUAUAUGUUAAUUCAUUUCCCUUCCCUAAAGUCUUGUGUGCUCAGUGUUAUAAUGUUUUUCACUUGUCACGUUGAAUCAAUAAAGAAAAGUGUAGUUUGUGUCAUAUAUACAGAGUGGCAACUGCCACUAGGGGAUGCAGUGGGUUUAUAUUGCUGUGUUUAUAACUGGGACAGGGUUUGGUAGUUUAGUAAGAAGAGAACAGCUAUGCAAGACCAGCUCAAGUCAACCUAGGCAAGAUAAAUCUCUACUGACCCCCUGCUUUCCCAAAGGAAAGAGGUUGAACUGAGUGGGAAGCAAAGGAUAGAUGGUUGCUGUGUGUAAAAAGAGGCUGAGGAAAAGAGAUUUUGCUCAAUCUUCAGGAAGACUAGGAGGUUCUGGCAAAGGGAGCUCUGAGGAUUCUUUUUUAAAUUUUGCAGAUAAAUCAGUGGCUUAACCUGUCAUGUCAGGAUCUUCUCUACGGUAGAGUAGACUUGAUAAUUACGCCCUAAUUAUCAUUGAGGGGUUAAAAUCUCUGAGAUGUUCUGCUUCUAAGUGCAUGUGGCGAAUUGCAGAAUCAAAUGUUCCUCCAUCUGAAAAAUAUUUAAAAACCCAUGCAACUUUCUCCCUGAUACCUGCCUUUCUACGUGGAUGGGAUUUAUUUGUAUCCUAAAAUAUUCAACAUGUGAGUUUCCACUUGGAAGUGGUACAUCUCAGAUAUUCUACUAAUGCUUUGAGAACUAGGAUGCUUUCAUGCUUAUGUGUGUUGGACCGCUGUAUGUUGGAGUAAUUUAAUUAGAUAUUUUGUACAUACACAACCCUUUGGUGGGCUUGUGGAAGAUCCAGCCUGUAUGGUUGUAUACCUAUAUGGUUGAAGCCUUUGGGAUUUUAUAUCCCAGCAAGUAUUUUAUAUAAAAUGGAGCUGACCUUCUAGGUAGUUCAGGGCAAUCUUUUGCCAAUAAGCUCCAGCAUAAACAUCACAUAAAGAAAAGGAACAUGUUCCACAGAUUCUACCUCUUGGUUAUUAUGAGUAAAAGCCACACUGUGUUUAAAUACAUGCAUACUCCUAAAAUACUCAUAAAAUAAGCAGCUAACUGAAAAGGAGCAUAAUAAAAAAACGUCUAAGGAACAAGAUGAGCAGUUUGCGGAUGAGUAAGUCAAAAGGUCUGGAAAAUAAAUAUCCCUUAGAAUUUGCUUUACCCAAGCUUUUUCUUUGCAUUUUGCCCUAUACUUAAGAGUAUGGUACAUUGUAUGGCUUUAUUUUUGGUCUUAUCUCUGGUCUGUUAACCACAAUAAAUUUAUGGUGAAUAUUUUAAUAUUGAGAGUGCAGUAUUUUCCAAGAGCAGAACAGAAUCACUACUGGUAGAAAAAUGAAAUGCAAAUGAAAUUUGCACUUUCAUAGUGAAGUCUCUAGAGGGCAAUGUAGCAGUAUUGAAAGAUUUAAAAAGUGGGGGCUUUGAAGCAACAUGACAUGACAUCAGAAUGUGCAAUUCUUAUUAACAAAAAGACAGCAGUAUCUCAAAAAUAAACAGGUAUGUUUUAUUAGAUUGGAAGAAAUCCUGCUUUCUCAAAAGAUGCCACCCUUUCCUCCCAUAUUUGCAACCAUUUCCCAGAACAACUGUGCGUUCUUACUUUCAUUUAAAUCCUCCCUCAAAUCCCACCAUUUGUGUGAAGCCAUUGGUGUAAGCCUCUCAUUCCCAUGCCAUGCUGUAACUUGGCCUAAGCUCAACAACUCCGGGGCAUCCUCCCCCAAAGAAACCUCAACUCUGGUAGACCACUGCCAGUUUUUUUUAAUUGGAAGUAGAUCACAGUCUCUUGGGAGCUGGAUGGGCCUCCUAUAUACCCUGCCUUCGGUUUAUCCCCCUCCUUUGCUUCUCCUUGUGCAUGGACCUGUACUCUGUAAAACACCGUGUGCAGUGAAUAAUUAAUUAAUAAUCCUCUUUGUUUUUCAGGCGUGGUAACAAACAACGAUGAAGCUCAUGUUCUGAGUCCAGGAAAGAUGAGCCAGCGUCAAGGAAAAGAAGGCUAUCUUACUCCAACCAAAGAUCUACAGCAGCCAUCAUUUAGUCCAGGAACAGUCCAUGGCCAUGGUAAGAAGCAUUUCAUUAGAUGACUGGAAUGUCAAACUGGAUAAAGGGUGGAAUUCAACCUAGCCCUAAAUAGAUUGUUUCAUCAGCAGAAGCAUUUCUGCUUGUCUGAUUGAAUAAUCCCCUCCUCUCCCAUCGUCCCAUGCUAUUCUGGGAGUUCUCCCAACCUUCCAGAGCAGAUCUGGGAUAAGAGGAGGGAGGAAAGCUUCAUUGUACCAAUGGGAGCCCUUCCACAGGCUUCCACAGCCCAUAAUGUCUUCAAUAGUUACUGCAGCACUUGCAGCAAAUGUGUUCAUCUACAUGUCAGUAAAAACUGUUUAAAAAUGUGGAAUCCUUUGGAUGAGCUGAAAAUUGUUCUCUGUUCUUUGCCUCUCAUCUGGUUCAGAAAAUAAUUUCUUACCUUAAUAAAUGUGUAGGUUUAUGUCUUCCCUUUUCAGUCUGCUGUUUAAGGUUGCAUUUCUAUGCAUGUUAAAAGCAUUUGUAAGACAGUUUUGUACACCAUUAAUGGCUAUUCAGAUUUCUGAUUUUUAAAAAUAGAAUGAAGAGUCGAAAGGUUAAAAAUGGGAAUUUGUGCUUUGUACUGCCUGAAAUUCCUUGCAGUUUGUGAAUAGUUUCCACUCUUGCGAUUCAGAUUUGAAUUGAUUAGAAUGAUUCUUAAUAACAGAGAACACCAAUUGGUUGAAUUAAUACCCUCUACAUAAAUUAGGGGGUGGGACCUGACAUUGGUGGAUUACAAAUAUACUCAUUCCUUACCAUUGAACUACCAUUGACAGGAGUGAUGGGAAAUGUCAUCCAGUAACAUUUGGAGGCUUGCAGAUUAGUCUGCCCUUUGCUAAAUAGUGUUCUCCUGUUCAUGCUUGCAUGAUCUCUGUCAGAGUAAACAUACUGUAGGCUGUAAGGCUGCUAUUCUGUGCACACUUACCUAGGAGCAAGCCUCACUGCCCAAAAUAACACUUCUGAGAAAAUGCUAAGGAUUUGGGCUGUAAAUGUUUAGCUGCUUCCAGUUGCCUCAGAACUCUUAUUUGAAUUGAGGAAGAGCAAUUCUACUUUUGGGGAAUCUUUUCAGCUUUCUGAUGCACAGAUUGAUAAAGAGAGAAACCUUAACUUGUGCUGUUGUGCUGCUCAUUUUUUGUAGCAGAGAUUAUGCUUGCCAGGUUUCCAGGCCAAAUGCAAGCUGAAUAAACUACCAAGAAAAUGGAAAUAUUUCAAAUUUUCUAAUUCCAAUUACUAUAGUUUCUGUUUCUUUUCAAAAUCAUAGUGAGAUGGGUUGUAAAGCGGCAUUAUGACGAUUUUAGAGAAUAUUUAGCUUGAAUGUGUCUGUUUGGUGCCAUUACUUGCCCUUUCUUCCUUUUAUCAGUUGUCACUACUAGCCCCUAUGGCUAGUUACCUGUGGCUUUUUAUGGCAAGUUGUCUGUAGAAUAAUGUGUGUGUGCAUAUUGUUGUAAACUUAUGCAGCCUUUUUGGGCAAAAGUUGAAGAGAAUGGGCAGGUAAAGCAAGCUGAAUUUGGUAUAUAGAAAGUUGCAAGUUGUUUCUUUCUUCCUGUAACAUUUCAGAUUACUUAGAACAGCGAUAGUCAACAUUGUGCUCUCCAGAGAUUGUUAGACUCCAACUCCCAAAAGCAGCAGCCAGCAUGACCAGUAGACAGGGAUGAUGACGUGUUGUAGUCCAACAACAUCUGGAGGGUUCCAUGUUGGCAUCCCUGACCUGUAUUAUAAUUUAUUUGUAGCGUUCAUCAUGGUUCAUUAUUCUUAAAUAACGACAACUGUUUUGUCCCAGCAACCUGGUCUGAAACUCAUUGUGUUGCUUAAGCAUUUCCUGAGUGAGGACACUUCCAGUCUGUUGCCAUUUUCAGGUGACCCUUCCAAGUCUACAAUUCCAUGAUUCUUCUUUUCAAAGCUGUUUCUUUCUUCUUCACUCUGCCUUGGCACAGCCCCAUCCUCACAAAAACAGAGUAUCAAACAAAAAUGAAAUGCCUGUGAGUGAUAGGUCGAAGUAGGGCUUGAUAUUUAGUGAGCAAACCAGAACAAUUUGUUUUCAUGAGAUGAAAAUGAAAUGCCUGUGUAAAUAUUAACAUUUGAGAAGUGAUCAAAUUGGUUAAUCACUUACAUACAGACGCCUCCUUAAACUAUGUCUCUGGCAGAUAUUGAUCAGUUGAGAUGUAAACUAUAUAGUUAACAUCCUUAUACCAUAUGACACCAAAAUUUAAUAUUACCAUACUUAAUUAAAGGAAAUUUAGUAUUCACAACAUUUUGUGAAAAUGUCAUUCUGACAUAAUUUUUUUUAAAAUUCAUUGAAAAAAUACUAAUCAUUGAUUUUUAUUCCCCCUGCUUUUGGUCCCUGGAUCCUCUGGGACUGACUUAGAGCCGUAGGAAGGACACACAGCCAUAUACAUAUGGAUACUCAAGUUCAUAUGGAGAAACGUGGUUGCUUUAUUAACAGGCUCUCACAGCUUAGAGAUGAAGUAAACAUCUGCCAAUUUUGCAGAAUUGUAUCCUCAAUGUCAUACAACUUUACAAGUGGUACAGUCCAAGGGAAGAUUACAUCUAUUCACCUUCCACUGCAUUGUAACAUUCCCAGACCCAGUGACAUGUCUCAUUUUUGUAACCACCCUCCCUGUGUUUCCCUCUUUAGAUUGCAAAUUCACUUGUGAGACCAAUUACGUUCUCCUACCCAAAAUGGCAGGGGCCCCCUUCCUCUCUAUCCAUGGUACUUUCAUGGGCUAUCCUAUAAGCUUUUUAUUUGCCGCUGCUCUCAGAAUAGGUCAAUUUUGGAUCCAUGCAUUAUGGAAGAACUAACUUUGCUCCUCCCCACAGUAGUGGUAGCCAAAGGGGCAUGCUGUGCUCUCAGAGGGUAGUUUCAUUUCAGUUCCUUCAACCAUGCUAAGCUUAUGCUUUGGUGAAAUCCAUGUUUACAGAUAGCAGGACAACUGGGUUUACUGAGAACAGCUAUAUUGGUGUUUAUGUGCUGGAAGUUUUCAUUUUCUGUUACAUUCCUCUCAAGAGGGUUUGGUAUCUAGACACUCUACAAGUGUCAUUUGUGCAUAGGUAUUUUUGAUUUGUUAAGUACAAGAAAGACUGAUCAAGUCCUCCAGGAUUGUUAUAGACUCUGAGGCAAAAAAAAAUAGAGCUGAUGUUCAUGGGUUCUUGUUCUCAAGCUUUUUUUCCUCUGACUACUUUAUUAUUAUUAAUCAAAGCAAAGCACAUACCACAUUUUAAGGGCACUUUUUCUUUAGUGCCAGCAUAAUCAAUUCAGCACCAUAUUGUGAAAAUCAUGGAUUUCCCUGUCUGAUAAUCCAGCUGAGUCAAAACAACCUUGAUCUGCAUCAGAAAAAAUAAUAAUCAAGUGCAGGACCAAGCACUGUUCUGCAACCUUUUAUGGAUCACCUGAAUUGAGUUUGUGAUUUAUAGGCCACAGUUUGAGGACAUCUACAUCAACUCUUGCCACUAUCUGCUUUUCAGCAUUGGACCUUUUGAUUGCAUUUAAUACAACAAAAACUGAUGUUUGGAACCGACUUGACACAAUUCUGAUUCUUCAGAACAAUAAACAACUUGAAGUUAAAAGCUGGCAAUGUGGAUUCAACCCUGACUUAUUGUUACACAUGAUGUGGCAAUGCCAGUAGUGGCUUUCUUCUUAGAAGAGAUGUGCUUUCAGAUAAAUCAUGUGAAAACUGGUCUAAGAUUCUCCUACAUGAAUCUCUCUCUAAAAUAUUGAGUGGUCUGAGGCCUUUCAGAAGCCCACAAGAAGUAGAUGUUCAUGCCCUGCUAUAGUUAAAAUGGCUAGCACUCCAGUACUUGAAGAACAAAUCCUCUGCAUCUGCUUACCAAAGAGUAGAAGUCUUGAGUGCUGCAUCCUUUUGAGUGCAUGGCAUACCACCACCCAUUGUCUCAUAGGUACCUCUUCAAUUCUGUGAACAGUUUUUUUCUUCUUGUAACUAUUUUUGGCUCCUUUCCCCUGAUAAGUGAACUCUUACUCUUCUUUCUUCCUUCCUUUCUAUUGGCUUUGUUUAUUUGUGUCCUGUUUGUUUUAUAAAAAUAUUGGAAAUAAAUAUGACAAUAAACUUAAAUUCUAAAAUGUUAAUUUCUGUUGGUCUCCUGUUUAAGUUUUUCUUAGAGAUUGUGGCUGCUCAACUAACCAUUUUGACCUUCUCUAAUACAUUAAGUAGGCAGGAACAUUCAUAUUGCUACUGUACAGCUGAUGUCCAACAUUUUAGACAACUAUGUUUGUAAAAUGCCUGCGUAUAUAUUGCUAUUUUUAAAUUGGUAAACAUUUAUCAAGCUAGCAGAAAGCCAGCUCCAUCUACUAUAUGGAAAUUAAGAACAGUUUAUAGUUGAUUCACAUGUCUUUGAAUGUAGUACAAUGCCUUUGAGUCAUUACAUGUUGCCGCAUUUUCAAUCUCAACAACCUCUGUACAUACAUAUCUGACUGGUCUAUAAUGUAACACAGCAACUCAUUGACUAAAGUGUAUUUUGCAUUCUAAGUGAAGAAAAUGAUUUUACUGUGAGUAGAAUUGUGGGUGCCAAGGGAUAAGGGAACAGUCCUUUAACUGGUAGGAACAACAGACCUAAGGAAUUCUUACAGUAUUGUAGUUUUGGGUCAAUCUGUCUAACAGCACUAUAGGGGAAUGGAAUGGAAUGUGUUUUUUGUCAAAUGUAGGUAUUUGGGGAAAUUUUAUUUAAGGACUUUGUAUGCCACCAUUUCAUUAAAAAUAUCAGGCUGUCUACAGGGGACAUCCGUGUAUUGUACCAGUACACUGUCUACAUAGAAGAUCAGAAUUUAAAAUACAUAUGCAGAUAAUCAUUCAGGUGACAGACUAAUAAAAAGUAAACAACUGUAGGCACAAAACAUCUCUGUUGGAACAGUGUUCCAUGGACUAGCAACACUAAAUGUUCUAACUGUAGUCAGUCAGUCCUUUGUAACAUUGGGGACAAUUAACAGUGCUCCUCCAGAUGAUUUCAGUGGUUCUGACGGUACACUGGACCCAAUUCUUUAAGGGCUUUGUACAGGCAACUCGCAACUUACGUGGGGGGGUCAUGUUCCAGGGAUAGCACAUAAAGCCAAAAUCACAUGCAACUCAAAGAUUUUCACCAGUUCCUAGAAAAGUGUGAAAACUAUUUUAAAUACCUUCCUUUUUCCUUUCAACUUGAUGUUUUAUUUCCUCAAACCCCAGAACAUUGGGGCAAAGCAUUGGACUAGAAUAUUUUUCAUUUUCCUUUCAAACCAUUAUAUCUUACUUUGAUUGGGGGAGGGGGACAUCCGUGUAUUGUACCAGUACAUGUUUCUGUGCUUGCACAGUGUAAAAUCCAUUUACCACUAAAAUAUAUGAAGGUGGUAUCCGCACGUCCUGUGACAUGUACAGUUCAUAAGCUUUCUGCAGCUCUAACUAUUCCAUUCUUCUCAGAUGGGAUCCCUUUCAUAUACGGCUCUUUAAAAGAGUGCCACCUUAUGGGUUUUUUUGUUGAUAAUGACGGGGAGUGGAACCAAGUUACAGAGUAGUCAUUUAGAUGCUGUGCAAUACAGAAUGGAGCAUUUCAGACACGGCACAGCAAGGAUCUUGGAUUUCAGCUUUUUCUUAAUUUUGUAAUUAAGGUUACCAAGACCUGCACUUUAGUAGUAGCAGUAGUACUAUAUAUAUGAAUCAAAUCAAAUCAGGCUGCAGUUUCCCUUGCCUCACUGGGUGACAGGGCAACGCAAUGGUAGAUGAGAAAAAACAGUGUAAGCACAUUGUAACAAAAGUCUAAACUGAGUCAAACACAAGUUUAUAGAAUUACACAUGGUUUGGAGGAAGUAGAUAGAGAAAAGUUUUUCUCAUUACUCUAGAACUCCUGGACAUUCAGUGAAGCUGAAUGUUGGAAGAUUUGGGACAGACAAAAGAAAGUACUGCAUGCAGCACACUAUGGAACUAGCCCCUACAGGAGGCAGUGAUGGACACCAACCUAAAAGAAGAUUAGACAGAUUCAUGGAGGAGAGGGCUAUUAAUAGCGGCUAGCUAUGAUGGCUACGCUUUGCCUCCACAGUUGGAGGUAGUAAUGUUGCUAAAUACCAGUUGCUGGAAACUACCAGAGGGGAGAAUCCUGCUUGCAGGUUUCCCACAGGCAUCCGGUUGGCUGCUGUGAGAACAUAAUGCCAUUGGCCUAAUCCAGCAGGCUCUUCUUACGUUCUUAUACCAUGCCUCAUAUUCUAUCUAACCUCCCCUUCAUGGUAAGCAAGCUCUCUGUGGGUUAUUUGGGGAUUGUCUGUUUUGCUGAAACUGUCUAAACUAGUUUUAAAGUAUCUACCAGAAUGCAUUGAGCAGAAUUGUGUGUGCUGUGUCCAACCAUUUUGAUUGGGUAUUAGCAGAGGAACCCUAUGUGUUAAAAGGCAUCUGAAUAUGCAUAGAGCAGUGGCAAGGCUGCUGCUGAGAUCCUGUUUUCCUCUCUAUAUGCAUUUGUUCACCCUGGAUAUAUAAUUAGAAUAGAGCUUUUUGUCUUGGCGUAUUGUUCUCUUGUUGUAAAGAAAGGACUUGUCAACAAAUCUUUCUUUAGGAAUUUUUGGCCAGUUUGACCCAUUCAAGCCUAAUCUGUUGUCCUUGUAAUUCAGAGGUCUUGCUUGGGAUAAAAUAACUGAAACCUGAGUAGUCAACAAGUGUGUGGGAGGAGCUGUGGAACAGAGCAGUUUGAGAUGCAAGUCUACGGCCAAGCAAGCUGCUUUUAUAAAAAGUGCCUGAGCUGUAGCCCGGUGUACAGAGAGGAACUGCUUCAGGAGAAAUUUAGAUUGCAUUGAUUCUGUCAACCUUGGGGAUACUAGUUUUUGGGUUGUAAAACAGUUUGCCAUUCUUGUAAUAUACAGUUGUUUUGUGUUUUGGAUUUCCAUUCAUGUGAGUUGGAGACACAUCUCUAAAGGCAAGUAUAUCUCUAAAUAUAUUUUAAGUUGGAUUGCAUAUUACACAGCAGUAGCUUGAUAGCUACUAGCAGCUGACUUUGUUUUCCAAACAAACUCAUUGCAUGAGGAAGGUCACAUGUUGCACAUAGAUGUAGGUAAUGCAGAUUUAAUUACAGGUUUCUUUCUUAUGGUAGGUUUGUUGAUGUAAUAAGUUUGUGUGUUGUAGUGUUUAAUCAUAUUAACCAGAAAAGUGGCUUGACAGUAGUGGGACUAAUAAGCUGACUCUCCACAACACCACCACCUCAGGAAGAACACAGAGUCACAAAUUGAUUUUGUGAGCUGUCUUGGAUAUCUAACACAUUCUAAUAUCUGUUGCUGUUACAGCAGCAAAAGGAUUAAUUUUGGGGGGCCGGUUUCAAAAAGCCCUUAUAUUUCAAGUUGAGCAUAUGUCAAGGUUAUGUCCUAUUUUGCUCUUAUUUCAGCUUAUGUUUAUUAUUUUGAAGUAGAAAAUCUGCAUUUUUAACAUGCAACUGAACUUUAAUGUAUUUCUAGAUUAAAAUUCAUUGAUAGCCAAAUUAAUGAGUGCGGCAUAUGUAUAGCAAUAUGCCAUGUUACAGUACAAUUAGUGCUAUAUGUUAAAAUAACUAGUACUGAUGGAAUUCAAACCCAUCUGAAUAGCUGUUGGGUACAGAGCACCAAAUAUAUUUUGAAAAUGAGCAAUGAUGUUUAAUUUCAAUAGUUUAAAAGCAUCAGUUAUUGGGAAACAACUAGGAGGAAGAGUUGUCGUACUCACAACUUGUUUGUAGACUUCUAGUCAGCCGCUGUGAGAACAGAAUACUGGAUUAGGUAGACUUUUUAUCUGUUCCAACAAGGCUCUUUAAUUAUUCCUAUAAUAAUAAUGACUAAAAUCAUGCUGAAUAUCAAAACUGGUAAUGUUCAGUAAUGACCCCCUAGGGAAUCAUUUUUGGAAGCUGUUCUUUUAGAUACAAAUAAGCAAUGAACCAUAAUAUGUGAAUGUUAUUUCUGCGUAACUGAAAACCAUAGGCAUGUCAUUGUUACAAAAACUCUCAACAUCAGAAACUCUCAACAUUUUCAGCUACACUGAUUUUUGUAAUACUUAAAGGGAGAAACAAAAGGACAAAGAAAGAUCAGUUACUUAAGCUUAGUGUUCUAGCCAAAUGGUUAAAGUGAUUUUUGUGGCAAAAAUCAUGCCAAGAGAGUGACUUAGCAAUGCUGAAUACCUUUGUAAUAACCUUACUUUGUAUAUGACACCAAAAUGACUCUUCUUGUUAGGUAUUCUGCAUCAGUGUUGCUCACCCCCAUAGCCAAGACUCUUGUUCUUGAUCUUGUUAGCUACAGUCUUGUAGCGAAGAAUCUCCAUCAGUUCAGUUUUUGUGCAAGUACCAGGCAGUGUUGGGUGGGCAUUCCCAAAGCAGGACUUGCAGACAUCAGGGUCUGCAGUUCCAUGCCCUGAUUACCUGCAAAGGCUGUUUCCCAGUCACAUAACUCCUCCCCCAAGUGAGUGGUGGCACUUCUGUAUGGGGGCUGCUUAGCUCCCAUAUCCUUUCAAAGUGGGCAUUAUAGAAUCCCCCAAAUUCAUUGUGGUUCCCACACAGAAAUGCCACUUCCACCUGCUCUGGCAAGGACAUGGGGGCAGCGGGUUAGGACAUGGGGGUAGGGGGAGGUGAAAGUAAUGAGGGGGAGGGGAGGGAAAGUUGGAGGAGGGAAAGGAGUGUCCAUGAUUGGUACAGUCAUGAUAGAGUUGAUGGGGAAGAUUCUGAGAGGGGUUUUUUUUGGGAGGGGGAGUUAACGUGGAGAGGGUGAUCUUAAGUGGGAGGCAGUCAUUUUGUGAAUGGUUAUGCAUCAAUAGCAGUGAUUUUGUGGUUGUACCCUUGUCAGUUUUUCAAAAUUCUGAAUGUGUCCUCAGGCCCAAAAAUGAUUAGGGAACCCUGGUAUAAGGCUUUGAAAGUAAUGGCUAACACAUUUUGAUUAUUUUCACUGAUCGCCUUCUGUAUUCAUAGUCAUAAUGACCCUGCAAUCCUUACAAUUUCUUUGCUCUUUGGGCUUCAUUAGAAUCUUGUAUGGUUUUGUCUCACUGGCUGAACAAUACCAUCUUAAUAGUGAACCUGAAUUUUCAAGGCAGUAGUCACCAGAGUGGUUGAAGGGCUCCCCCUCCCCUUUUUUCUUUUACCAACAACCACUGCAAAUGUUUUUUACUUGAAACAGAUUAUUUCUGUGCAUACAAUAAUUGACACCCAUUUGUUUUUUCCAGUAUCCUGUGCAGAAACUAUACUGUUAAUUGUGUUUUCUGUGGAGUUUAACCAUGCCUCAGUUGCAUUUUAAUGAGGUUUUGGAACAGUAGCCUAUUUUCUUACAGCACAAUCCUAACCAUGUCUACUUAAAAGUAUGUCCUAUUGAAUUUAAGGGGGCUUACUCCCAGAUAAGUGUAGUUAGGAUUGCAGCCUUAAAUGAUCCAAUGGUAAGAUAACUUGUUUUUUGGUUCCUGAAACUUUGCAUUGCUUAAGUUGCCAUGUUUCAAUAUUUAAAUCUUGUACUUUUACUGGAGUAAACUGGUGCACAUAUAAAUGUAACAAAUAAAAUAAUAAUUGUUAAGUAGCUAUCAUUGUUGAUUACCUUCUUGAAUUUACCUUGGAGGAGCAUCGAUGAUUAUUUUUGCUGCUCUGCAUGCAUCUCUGUCUCAAAUUGCUGUUCUUCUGGCUCUUUCUUCAUUUUGUCCCCCUGCCAGACCACAAGAUAGAGGAUGCUUUAUCUUUACUAUUUGUAAUGAAGAUUUUUCAAAAUACUAACCCUUUCCCUAUAACAUUAUAUUUAAUUGCAUUGAAUAGGCAGCAUAUAAAUGUCAAAGAAUGAAAUAAGUUUUGUUGUGAAAGAGUGCUGAGCCCGUUUUCUCCUCUAGAAUCUUAUGACUGCUGUGAGGUUCUUAUGCCUUUCAAUGCACCAUGCAUGAGUAAGAAAUAUGAAUUAACAGAGGAAGUAGCAAAAAUAAUAAUCAAAAAAUCCCAAGAAUGGAUGUUUGCCAAAAGCUGUUUGUUGUGGGUUAUGGAAAAGAAUAAUAGAAUAUUGUUGGCACUGAAAUGUAUUUCCACAGUGUAAAAAAACAGUCUGCAAAGAGAACCAUCAUAUUGACAUAGGAAUACGCAGCAGAAACAAAUCACAUUGCACUUUGUUCCUGCUGCCUUCCUGAUGUAGAGAGUGCUCAGGAGGGUGGGGCAGCAAAAGAGGAAGGGGAGAUAGAGAUCAAUAAAGAUAUCAGGAAGAAGAAAAAGAUAGAUAGUGAGGAAGUUAGGCCUGGGAAUUUGGAGCAGGGAUAUAAGGGAGAAAGAUAUGUAGGAUUUAGAGGUAAAGCUGAUAUAAGGCUGAUAUAAAAAAGACUUGACAAUGGAAAUUGAUACAAGGAGGAUAUAUGUAAAAGUUCACCCUUUAUACCUGACAAAUUUAUUUAUUUAUUUAAUAAAUAAAUAAAAACUAAGUUUGGGCAGUAGUGUUCCCCUUUCAGCUUUGGCCUGGAGAUUUAAAAGUGGCAAAUUUGUGUCUUUGUUGAACUGUUUCAGACUGCAAGUGAGGGCUCACCUGAUGGGAAGUUGCUCAAGUUUGAAAACAGCACACACACCUUGCCUAUAGAAAGCUAGAUGUUGCAAAGAAGGAUUACAGUGUAGCUUUGCCCCUGGUAUGGUGCCUUUCUGUGUGUCAGAAUUUUUUGUCAUAAUGGAACAUUCCAUCUUGCAAGUAAGUCUGUUUCUACAGCUAAAAGCAGAACAUCACAGGCAUGUAUAUAUCUCGGCAAAACUAGGUCCGAGUGCGAACUGCCUUUCCAAGCAGGCAUGCCAAAUCACCAGGUGAUUAGAGACCUCUUUAAGUAGAAAUAAGCUCCAGUAAUAGGGAUUAGUAUGAGUGUUCAACAUGUGAUGCCUGGGGAAAAAUCUGUAGAAAAUAUUGGUGCUGUAGCAUAGAUGUAAAAAAACACACCAAACCACAACAACCCUCUGCUUCAGAAUAUUGAAUCAAAAUUACAUUACUUAAUAACGAUGGUGCUUUCUCACUAGAUAUCUUCUGAUCCAUGUUUAUCUAUAAUAAUAAUAAUAAUUUAUUACUUGUACCCCACCCAUCUUGACUGGGUUGCCCCAGCCACUCUGGGCAGCUUCCAAUAGAAUAUAAAACAUACACGAUACACCAGACAUGAAAAGCUUCCUGAUAGAGGGCUGCCUUCAUGAUAUCUAUUGGAGGUUGUUCAAUUUGUUAUCUCUUUGACAUCUGAUAGGAGGGUAUUCAAUAGGGUGGGUGCCACUACCAAGAAGGCCCUUUGCCUGGUUCCCUGUAACUUCACUUCUCACAAUGGGGGAACCGCCAGAAGGCCCUCGGAGCCUGGACCUAAGUGUCCGGGCUGAACCAUGGGGGUGGAGACCCUGUUUUUUUGCGUAGUUAAACCAUAUGACAGAUUUGGGGUGCACUCCUUGUUGAAUGUUUACCAUCCAUUAGUGUUUGCAUGGCUAACAAGCGUAUUAUAGGGUAAAAGGCACUUACCAAGAAGGGCCAGUGGCAAGAGGGAGGGGAGGGAGGGGUGCUUAAUCCUCCCAUGCUGGGUGAUUUAUUUUCACAAAGUUUCUUGGUUUUCUCUCUGUUGAGUUUAUUUCCAGUUUCAUGGCCUGGCUGGGGAGAUACAAAUUUUAAAUAGCCAGUUGGGGUGUGUGUGUGGAUUUGUAGGGUAGAACUGGUGGAUAGAGAACUAGAUACUAAAUACUACUGUUCCCCCACCCCACUGAUUUUCUCCUUCAGGUGCCUCCCUUUCCCACUUUGGUGUUGCUAUGGAAACCAUUGUUUCUCUUGUAACCCCUAGUUCCGUCCUUAGAUCCCUACGCUCAAGAACAGGUUCUGUGGGUGUGUUAAUAUUAUAAUAUGUAUCAUUAUAAUAAAUAGUGAAACUGCACUUUUUUUUCUUUUUAAAUAGCAUGAAAUUUCCCAUUAUUAAAGUGACAAAAUAUAAAGCGAGCCUUUGUGGUGCAAAGGUUAUAACAGAUUGUACCUAUGAGAACUAAGCUCUGCCAUAGCUUUCAGUUAACAGUUUUCUAGCUGUUAAGGGGAUCUAAGCUGUGUCCAUAUGUAGGGUUAUAUGGAUUUCACAUACAGCGUGAGAAAUUGAGAGUGAGAUGCAUGAAGGGUAUCCAAAGCAGAAUAUCUUACUUUGGAAUGUUGGCACUGUCUUGCUUCUAUACUGGAAAAGCAGGCAGGAGGGAAAGGAGUCUAAUAGGAUGCGUGUGACCUUCUGUGUGAGCUCAGAGGAUGAGGAUUCCCAUCAGGUCAGGGAGGGAUGUAUUAGUGGUUUGUGUUCUGUUAAUGGGCCAGAACAUUUGGUAUCUAGUAAUGAAAAGCAUGAGAUCCAAAAGAAUAUGAAUAGAAUGAUGGUGGGCCCUUCUUUUACACACACGCAUACUCUCUCUCUUUGCCAUUUUGGGAGACAGUAAUUGUCUGAAAAGCAGGAUAAAAAUAUAGUAAAUUAAUAUAUUUUUAUUGUAUAGCUUAAACCUGACAGUUGCCAGAUUUAAACCGCUUUUUUAAAAAAAAAAAUCAGUUAUAUGGUACAAAUAGUUGGAUCCAAGUCAUUUCUGUUUUGUUAGUCAAUGAGAUUAAAUAGUUUGAAAUCUUAAGAAUUUUCUUGAUCAUCUGAUAUAAGAAAAGUAUUUUAUUGUUUUAAUUUCCCCCCCACUGUACAAGCUUUUAGAUUUCUUGCUAUAUUUCAUUUCGUGAAUUCAGGCAAAAUGAUGGCUUAAAAAACAACCUUGGAUCUCAGCUAUAGACUAUCUGUUGUUGUUUUUUAAUGACUCAUCAAAGCAAGGGGAAAUUGACUUGAAAGGGUUUUUUUAAAUAAAAAAUGUUGUAUAAAGUUAGACAUUUCGAAUGGAAAGCAGGCAAAACUGACCACCUAACUAAUUUGCAUGAUGAGCAAGUGAAGCAGUCAAAUGCUUGCAAAAUUUUGAAUGAAAUUUUAAGCGUAAAUUCUGUUUCAGUUGUCUCCAUUAAAAGAGUUAGCCUGUGGUUUCUAAAGAUAUAUAUUUAUUGAGUGUUGUUGUUGUAUAGUGUAGAGCAAAUACCAUAGCUUGUAUUUAAACACGUAGAAAACAUGUCAAACUAUUUAAUGAAAAAGUGACCCCCUUUCUCUGGAGUUGUUAAUUAUGUUAAAAAGCAAAGUCAUCAAUAAACACUUUACACUAUUUUGAUACUUGUUACUCUGUGCUAAAUUCUGGAAAUUGCUGACGGAAGUUCUGACUCCUGUAUCAGAAACGAUUUUGGCAAGGGUCUAUUUGGUGGUAUUGCUUAAAUGAUAUGAGUUAGUGCCUGCCUUCUAAAAUGUACCUUAAUACUGCAUUCAGAAGCAGUGCUUUUUCUUUCAGAGCCAUUUAUGUGAGUUCUUGCUGGCUAAUGCUAUUUAAUCCACAAUAAAAAGUACUGAAAAUAAAUGGGUUUCCAUUUAAUGGAAAUUCCUUCUCUGAUUCUCAGUAGUACUCUUAAUUUUCUUGAGUCAAUUUUAGAAGUAUACUCAUAAUUGUUCUGUGUGCAAUAAAAUAGAACUUGAAUGAUUAGGCAGCAAAGGAAUUUCUUUAAUAACUCCUCCAUUCUGAUGUACUUUGUCAUGACAGUUGUCUGGUGCCUGCAAAACAAUGAAGAGUAACAGCUUGUCUCAGGGCAUGCUGACUGAAAUAUGACAUGUUAUUGAUGGAGGAAUGGUAGCAGCUUGGAUUGAAUUCAUAAACAUCUCUUAGCUUGGUUACAAAGUUCAACAGCCUCUGGCAUCUCUCCUUGUUCAAAGUGUGCACAUGGCACUUGAUCUUUGUGGGUCUUGCAUGCUGCUAAUCUGAAUGUGAAGGGAAAAGACUUUCUGCAACGUUCUUAUUCCCAUCAUCCUUCUGAAUGAAAAUAAUCAUUAUACAGAGCAUCUAACUCAUGAAGGCAGAAGGUCCACAGCGACGUAGGUUUUCUUCAUGUGCUGGAGUUUCGCUGCCUCCACGGGCUGAUGGUCGGAAACUUGUCCGGAAUGCUUCAUUCGGAGGAUACAAUGCACUUUCACCAGUCUUCCGAGGUUUGUUUUGUCUCACUUUUUAAUGUUCUCAUGAAAAUAUUUCUUGUAAAAGCUUCUACAAAAACUAGAUUUUUUUUUAAGAAAAGCAAUUUUCUAAGUUGAAAAAGCACCUGGAUUCACGUUGAAUAAAAUAAAAUGAGAUUUGGAAAUAAUGAUUCAUGGUUGGCAUGUGUUCUCGGGCAGCGCUUUCUUUAAGUUCAGCAUUAAGAACGGAGUGCUUCAUUGUAGAUUGCGUAUGAUUGUACGUGAUGAUGAUGAUAUUAUAUAAUGAGAAUGAUACUUGACUGAAUAUGGGUGGUGUCUUUCUUACCUGCAAUUUAAGAGAAUUUUCAACAUACUGGAAUCUACAACCAAAUGAUUUUCAAGUAAACGGAACAUGGCUUCUAAUUAGGUGCAGGUCCUUUUGAAAUCUGGAGUAGACAACAUAGCAGGACUUUUGACUGUUAGAAGUAAUCUUAAAAUGUAAAAUUUGAGGCCAUGUUAAUCAGUGUUGUGUCCUUUAAUCCUUACAUUCCUUAAUAAUGUAAAUAAUAACUUGGAAAUAUUCAUAAUGUUGUAUAUCUAGUUUGCAUUGGUUCUAAUGGACUUGAUCAGUCUUGAAAAUGCACAAUGGCAAGGUUACUGUAAAUGUGUGGGUUAGUACUACUGUAAAAAUUGAUUUAUUUAAGACAGUUGCAACCUUCAAGCUAAUUUCAUUUUAAUGUACCUAUUAGUUGUCUACCUCUUCUUUUGUGGUUAGUAGUUUCAACACAAACAUGAUGUGAAUCCCCUGGAAACUAAAAAUAAUGCUCCCUCUUUUCAUGUUUUUUUUGUGUAAGUAAUAAACGUUUAUACAACAGAACAAAGGACAAGCAGAUUUGCUGUACUUGUAUAACUGCAGCUUCAGUCACUUAUUGCAGAGUUCUGAGUGUAACCACAACAUUGCAUGUUUCCUUUUCAUAGUUUGGUUUUCAGGAUAUCUGAACCAAGCCAGUAAGUUGCAUAACAACUCUUGUAAGGAAGUAUGUUGUUAUUUUUACUGAGUUUUUGCCAUAACUUACUAAAAGUCCAGUUUGGCAUUUAGAGUGGUUUAAUACUCACAGAUGACAAAGUGAGAUGUAUGUGUGCUAGAUCUCAAAUGCAAGGCAGUGUAACUUAGGUACUGCAACCUUACCUUAAUUAUAGUCUUUUACAUGAAUUAUCUGGGCGAGGGAAACACAAUAUCUGUUAUUAUGAAUUUCAUGCUGUUAAAUAUGUCAGUAGUUGGCAUUUGAUUCAUAUUCCUUCUUUCUUUUUUAAAACCAGUUUAUAUGCGUGUAACUUGCUCACUGACUUUGUAUGAAGAGUAGAGCACCCUAGACAUUAAUUGUGGUGUCAUGAGCCCCAUUCUCUAGACAUAUCACAAGGUACAUGAAUGCUUGGAGCAGUAAGAUGUUGCGCACUGGCCCUUGCCCCUUGGCCCUACAAAUGUCCAAAGAAAGGCUGUGCAUGUAGAAGUUGCUGCCAAAUCUCAGUUAAUCCCAAAUUGUUCUAGGGAAUUUCCCAAGCUCCUGGUAAGUUUACCAGGAAGAUAACAUUUGCAGCUAAUACUUUCCUGAGGAAUUUCUGAUUAAGAUAAGUGAAUUCACUUGCUGCUUUGUGGUUACUCCGAUCUGCCUUUAUUAACACAAGGAGUAGAAACGGCUUGUUAGCACUACUCUCCUUACUUGGCUUUGCACAAGCUCUGCUUCAUUCUGUUUUAUGCUCCAUUGAUUAGUUCACAUCCCUGGAUGUGUGUGGUGGUAUGGUGUGAAUAUGAUAAUGCCUAAUCCUAGCGACUUACUCAAUCAUGAAUUUAUUAUUAGAUUCCACUUCCAUCUUAUUUUUCUGAUGCCUGAUGAGAAGGCUUUGCAUUGUUGGAACUGCUGUAACCUGGGGCUGGGCUGGCAAGCCAGUUCUCAUGUGGACUGAAACUCUCUGUGCUUAUCUAUGUUGUGCUACGUGCUACUAGUACUGUAGUUGGAUAUUUUCAUAUAACUGAGUAAUUGAGGUACCUCUGAAUGCCUGGAAGGUAAAAUACAAAUGUAUUAAAUUGGGACAGGGUUGAUAACUACCAACUUUGUAGGUUGGGAACAUAACCACUUUUGGACCCUAGGUCUCACACAACAUGGCUUUAAUAUUAAACAAAAAAAAUCCUAGUUGUAAAGGAAUUACAAAAACAUUUGGUGAACAAAUGGUGACAUAUACACCAUGUCCCUAAGUAUAUUUGGUCAGAGUUUUAAUAGCUUUGUCUUAUUUAGAAUUUCAACCUUAAUGGCAUAUGGGAUACACUGAUUUUUUUAAACCAUUUCAAUUUCUCUUCAAGGUUUUGACAGAGGGAAGGAUGAUGCCUCACAAAGUAAAGAUGAUUCUACACAAUCAAUGUCAAAAAGCAAGGUGAGCACCUUAACCUUCAGAGAGCAUAGUUCAGUUUGAUGCAUCUAAGUGAGCUUGGAUACGUAGUUGCAAUUAAUUUAAUCUUUUCCCCUACCUAUCUCAUUUGUGGCUUAUUUUAAAUAGUAAGGUGAAUUAUGUUUAUGUGUAAUCUUUGGUUAUAGCACAAAAGCAAGCACUAAUAUUUGUUUUUAAAGCCAGUUGUUCUUGGCUCCAGUGACAAGGUAGAAUCCACAAGUAAACCUGCAACUUAUGUGCAUUUCACUUGUGCACAUUCAGCUUUACAUGCAUGUCAAUUAAAAAAUAGAAAGGGGGUGGGGUUCUGGGGAAAAUGACUUUGGCAAUCCUCUCUGCCGUUGAAUCCAAUGAAUUUUGACUAUACGUGAUUUUGGUUUUAGGCGCAAUCCCCAGAACAUAGCCCCCAGGUAAGUUGCAGGUUCUACUGUACUACAUUCUAUAUGUUUUAUGGUGAGUGCAACUCACACUUGAACAAGAUACAAACUACCAAGCCAUAGAACCCUUCUCAGGGUUCAGGCUUGGUUUUUGGCUCCCAUCCAGACCACCCACUUAUCCCCACCCCACCCCAGGCACAAGUUCAGCUUCUGAACAGCUUCAUCUGCUUCUGUUGGAAAAGAUAUAGAGCAGAGUGCCUUGAUGAUGACUCAUCCAAAAUCCUUUGAUGAUGGCACCCAGUGACUUCACUUAGGUGUUAAACAGCAUGGAAGACAGAAUUGAUCCCCGCAAUAUAAUUGCCAUGGGAAGAAACAGAAAUCUCCAAGAGCGGUUCUCUAAGCUUGGCCCGUCAAAUAGGGACAGAACCACAGUAAUACACUGCCUCCAACUUCUGUUUAAUGGAGCCAGUCCAUGAGGAUACCAUGGUCAAUGGUAUGAAAAGCUGUUGAGAGAUCAAGGAGAAUCAACAAGGUUGGAGUUCUUCUCCUCAUACAAAUAAAAAGCCAAGGUUACCAAAGCUUUCAUUGUGCCAAAUCCAGGUUAAGAAAGUAUGUACUUUCGUAUGUGUACAUGUGACUGAGCUUGGUGGUUUAGAGCUUUUGUCUCAUUUUCUUGAGAUUGGUGGGUGUUUAUGUGUGUGCUCUCUCUCUUUCCCUCCCUCCCUCCCUCCCUUCCUCUGUCUGUCUCUGAAAACUUAGUAAAAUAGUUUUUUUGGGGGGUGGGUGGGAUAGCCUUAAUUUUAGCCAGCAGAUUUGGCUGGUUCCUGUGCAUCUCAGUAUUAAACAAUUUGUGUCAAUAAAACGUGUUUUGCUAUACAGGGUAACAAAUGCCUUGUAACUCAUCCAAAGUUUAUUUUUAGUCAGUACAAGAUGCUGAGACGUUCCUAAUGAGUUAACAUGGUUACAUUAUCAACCAAUGUUGAGUGAUGAUAGACUGCUAGAAUAGCUCUGCAACUCUGCAGGGUUCAUCUGUCAUUCUCAACCAGUUCCCCCUCCCCCAGGCUAUUGGGUGGCACAUGCAGAGAAACCAUUUUUAGAACUUUCAAGGCAGGAUAAAUAAAAGCCAUGUGAUGCCACAGCAGCAUGUUUAAUAAAGAAAUAUUUUCAGUGGUAAAGGCACUUAAGUGAGGUGAAGUUAUGGAUCUCUAGAAUUAGGGUGUUUUGGGGAAAGCAGGCUGUAAUAAUGUAUUUGAAUAACACCGAUAUAACAGAUUCAGGGAGCAGAUCUUAGUCUGGAGAAAUUCCAUGUUUUCCUUGAGGGGCCAGGGGGUAAGUAAGUGCGUAGGUGGCACUGGACAAGAAAAGCUAUUUGUGUUUGCAUGUGUAAAGCUCAGUGGACAAUGUCAAGUUUUUGACUCCUUUCCUCAAAUUGGGUUAUUGUUAAAUGAUAUGACAGAAGAAGCCAACGUUUUGAAGUACCACACGAAGGAUUCAUUUACAAGCUCUUUCUAUGCCUUGAUUAAAUGAAGCGACAUAAAGGGAGCAAGCAGCAAUCUGAAAAACUUGUAGCUUCUAUGUUUCGCUUGAAGUUUGACUGAACAGCAACUGCUCUAAUCCUUCAUUAAUUAUUUCCUUGUGUUAUGUAUAUUUUCAGUCAGAAUCUAAGCUUUAUAAUGGCUCUGAGAAGGACAUCACUGCCUCCUCCCCCAGCUCCUCUACUACCAAGCUCACAAAGAAGGAGUCUCUUAAGGUGAGUUGCUUUCCAGAAUAGAAAACCUACCAUCUCCAGCCUUUUGGCUAUAGAAUACGACACCUCUCAGUGGCCUCAGAAGAUAAAUGUGAGAUACACAAUAACUUUAAAGAAAUGCUAGAACAUUCCAAGAUGUGCUGCUGUUUCUUCAACCAAUGUCGUAAUUUUCUCCAGAAUUCACUGUGUUUUUCUAGCCUGAACAUAGCCCUCUAGUUCUAGAGUGUGGGAGAGGACACAUAAGAAGCUAAAUUACUUUUUACCCUCUGCAGGUCUGGUUCUCAUUGAGUUUGUAAACCUGUCAAUGGGCUCACUUUCAUGCAGGUAUUAUUCAGCCUUAUUAACUCCCACCUGCGGUCUAAAAUGGUGUAGCCCAGACAUGACUUCAUCACCUUUGUAAAAACUAGGCUACAGAUAAAGUAUAUAUGGUGUGCUGGUUGCUGCUGCUAGGGAUGCACAGAAGCUGUCCACCACUUUGAAUGUGGCAUGACUUGUUUCUGCUGGAAAUAUUAAAUGUGUUACCAGCCCAUUACUACUUUGCUGAGUGAAAAACGUUCCAUGGGUUCCACCCCACUGCCUCUCAUAUUAUUUUACUUAUUUAUUAUAUAACAUAUUUAUAUCCUGCCAAGUUGAAAUUCAAGGCGGCUUACAACAUUUAAAAACACCAGUCAUAGAAUAAAGAAUAAUAAAAACAAACUGCUUAAAAAACAAUACUUAAAAUGCACCACUAUAUAUCUAAAACCAGCAAUUAAAAUUUGAACUGGCAGCAGCAGCCCAGUCAUCAGCAUCGUCCGCAUCUUAGUUUCCAAAUGCAUAAAGCCUUUACUGCAAAAGUAAAUUGUUGCUUCCUUGCCUGUACAGAAGCAGGAGCCAAGCCAAGCCAAACUGAUCGUAUCAGGAAGAAGAAACUUUGUUUGCUGAUUCUCUGUCCACAGCACUGCUGAGGACCAAAGAUUCCAAUAAACAAGCAAAUAAGAUCCAUGAGGCUCUUGCUAGGCAGAGUAGAGACUCUAAUGUCGUGCUUAGCCUGAUAAUAUGCUGGGUGUCUAUUCUGCCAUGUGGAUCUUAUGAGGGGGAAAGAAACAUUGUUUGCUUAUCAGAUCAGCCAGGAAGCUGGGUCUCUGUUCUGCCUAGCAAGAGGUGAGGUGUGUGCCUUAAACCAACCUGCAUAACAAAAGCAAGAGCAAAGCCACGUGGAUAUUUGCUGAUCAGAAUCUCCCUGCCUUGGCAGGGAAGCUUAUUGCUAUGCUGGGUCUGUCUUGCGCCUUACAGAUUGUGCAGGCAGAAAGCAGCUUUUACUUCAAAGUAAAGCCUUUUACUCUGCAACGCCAGCUGGGAGGCGGCAUGGGCUUAUGCCUUGCAAAUUGGGCAGGCGAAAAACCUGGCCAUUUACUUUGCAGUAAAGUGUUGCUUCCUGCCUGCAAGCUGGGCAGUGCAUUCUCAAUAUAUUAUAGGGUAAAAAAAUAUGAAACAUUUUUUGCGGUCUGGAGUUCAUAGCAGUAAGAGACAAAAUAUCAAUAUAUCAUAACCCACCCCUACUUCAAGUCUCCAGAUGUUGCUGAACUCCCAUCAUCCCUGACCACUGGCCAUGCUGGCUGGGGCUGAUGGGGGCUGAUGGGAGUUAAUAUCUGAAGGGUCUCAGGUUCCCCAUUCCUGCUUUAUAUGAAAUUGGUUUGAAGGCAAUAUUAUGUAAUGCCACUUCUUCUGAUAGAUAAACAGCUGUCCUAAAACUGUUUCGUUUUCUUCAUACUACUAUGGAUUGAACUAAGCAUGUUGCAGUUUGUUUUGACCUUUGCAUUUAUGGCUCCACGACUUCCAUUUUCUUAAAUUUCUUACCCUCUGAAUUUAUUGUUCGUUCAUUAUUUACAGGUUCAAAAGAAAAAUUACAGGGAAGAGAAGAAAAGAGCCACAAAAGAACUACUUAGCACAAUCACAGACCCAUCAGUCAUUGUUAUGGCUGACUGGCUGAAGGUCAGGAAUUAUGUAUAAUAUUGAGUGAAAGUUGUAGCUGUUGUUUAUUUCUCAGAAUGUAAAAGAAUUCAGAUCCUAGUUGGUUGCUGAUUGAUGUUUACCACUAGGAAAAACUCCAUUAAUUAUAUCCCAGAGGCUCAGUACUUGAUGCAUAGGGAACCAACGGGGACACCUUGCCACUGCUUUACAGUGGUUGCCAUGGCUACAUCUGUCUGCAGUGACUAAUUGAAUUGGUGAUCACUUUAUAUUCAAUACAAUGUGAAUUAUGAGUGAUUCCUCUGGAAACAGGAAACUGUUACUUUAAAACAGAUUCCUUCUUGCAGACUCACCAAGCCACAUUUCAUACAUGAUAGCCUAAAGCUCUGGGAGUUUCAAAUGUGUGAAUUUCAAUGAUGAUAUGAAUAGCUCCAGGAAGAGGACGUAAAAGUAGCAUGGGUAUCAAAUAAUCUAAGCUGCUUAAUGUCAGUGUGUUUCUUGCACGUCACAGGAGAAUUAAAUUACUUCUGCUGAUCAAUAAAAUAUUCCACCUGAACUUGUUGUUUGUACCUUGUUUUCCUGUAUUGGCUAAAGUGUAAGGGCUGUUAACAUACUACUUUUUUUCAUUGAUUGAUUACAUUUGUAUCCUGCUCUUCUCAAAGGCAAUGUUUUAUCCUCACAAACCCAUGAAAGUUAAAUUAGGUUGAGAGAGUGUGAUUUGUUCAAGGCUACAAAGUGAUCUUCGUUUCUGAUUAGGGAUUUGAACUUGCAUUUCAUAUUUCAAGUACAUUCCCUAACCAGUAGGUUCUACUGGUGUCAGUUGAGACAUAUUCUGCAGGCAUGGGAAUCAUCCCAAGUUUCUGUAUUUAUUUACAUAUGUAAAAUAACGUCUGACAUAGUAAAUUAGUUUUCAUUUUAAAGGAAUACUGUCUGCAUGGUGCAGUUGAUAUCCUUUGGUAAUUUGAUUUACUAGUUACACUCAAUUACCAGUAUACAAACAUUAAGAUGUGUUGUGCCUAUAAGUAUUUGUGUGAGAUUUGAAUAACUCUUCUUCAUUUUGCAAUUCUGAACUGGUUGUGUAUAUUGUAAGAAGGGUCUUACUGCUUGGCCAGGAGGGAUUGGGACUGAAAUGUACUUAAAAUGUACUUACAAUUAAAAGUCUCUUUUUUCUGUUAAGAUUCGAGGUACACUGAAAAGCUGGACCAAACUUUGGUGUGUGUUGAAACCUGGAGUACUGCUUAUUUACAAAACUCCCAAAAACGGCCAGUGGGUGGGAACAGUACUUCUGAACGCUUGUGAACUCAUUGAGCGGCCUUCAAAAAAGGAUGGAUUUUGUUUCAAACUUUUCCAUCCUUUGGAGCAAUCCAUCUGGGCUGUUAAGGUAAGUGAAUAUGUAUUCUUAAUGCAGGUGGCGUUGAAUAGAACAUUACACCAAUGACACAUUAAACCUAUCUGCAUUCUUAAAUAUUAAUGAUCUCAGUGUGCUUUCAGUUGUCAGCUCAGCUAUCCCUUUGCUAAAUUUGCUUGAUUUUCUGACAUACCAAAGCCCUGAGCAGUGUGGUUGCAUUGGAGAAGUAUUGGCCCUCUGCAUAAUCCUGUGUGGUCUUUAUUGUGAAAGCAGCCACUAAUCAUAAUCUUUGCCCAUACAAAAUGUGCACAGUAAUGCUGUGUAACAGCGCCUGAAUCCCUAAUGGUACCUAUUUUAUUAUCUUGUAGGCAUUAGGAUAAUAUUUUUUCAUUCUCUCAGGCUUUUUAAUGAUUUGUGCUUUAAAAUCGUAUUGGGAAGAUUCUCUUUUAAAACAUCAAAAAUUGCCACAUUUUUACUUUGCUGUUUUAAGUUCCUGUUUGUUACUUUUUAUUGGUCUUAUGUAUAUUUGUAUUGUUUUACUUAAUAUUACAUUGUAAACUUACUGGGCUUACCAAGAGAUUAUAUAAGAUAGGGUGGAUCCAACAGGAGGAUAGAAGAUUGCACCUGGAGAGGACAAAGUGCCUCCAUACCCCACCUAGAGUCCACUUAAAAAUGGGUUAGCAGCAGAAAUCAGCCCUGGAUAUUAGGAACAAAGGCAUCACCUGAAUUACAUGUACCUCCAUCCCCAAGAUAACCAAAAAGGGCCCAAUCCAUUUGUGGAUGGAUCUCUUGUGAGAAUCCAUAAUUAUACUUAAUGAUGUUUGGAUCUCUUGAUACACAAGGCAGUAUAACUUCUAUGCCUUUUGGCUCUGCUACUGAAUAUUCUGGAUACUAACCAGUAAGCCCAACCAAAAUGUCUGGGCAGUUGGAUGGGGCAGCUCCCUUAUGAGGAAAGGUUGUGACUUCUUCACACAGCGUAUCGUUAACUAUGGAACUCGCUUCUACAGGAGGAAGUGAUGGUCAUCAAUUUAGAUGGUUUUUAAUGAAGAUUAAAUAAAUAAAUUGAGGAGAAGGCUGUCAACAGCUACUGGCCAUGAUGGCUGUGUUCCACCUCCACUGCCAGACGCAGCAGUUGUUGGGAGUCGCAGGUGGGGCAAGCUCAGGUCCUGCCUGUGUGCUCCCCACAGGCAGCUGGAUUACCACUUUGAGAACAGGAUACUGGAUUAGAUGGCCAUUGACCUGAUCUAUUAGACUCUUCUUAUGUGCUAAGUUGUCGUGUCCUCUGUCCACCCCCUCCUGUUUAUCUACACACAUUUGGGAGUCCAUGAGCUUCAAAUGAGGAUCAUUCCAACUCUCCAGACCGAAAUGUGUGACGUUUUUCUUGUAGCUGAGCUACCUUCCAAUUUCUCAACAGUGAUUGAAGAAAGGAAGCGUACAGAUGGUGUUGGCUGUGCCUUUCUUCUUUGCCAGCUGCAUGUUCUACUUAAAUGUAUUCUUGCUGUCAUUUCCUUCUUGCUUCCCACCCCAACAUGAAUGAGUAAUCAGAGUUUUUAAUGCCACCAAUAUUUUGGCCUCUACAAUGUUUUUUUCUUAAAAAAAUAAUAAUACAGGAGUGAGUGGGAGAAGCACCUGGAAAUUUUAGUUUUAAAGAUCUUUUAAGAGGAGGGGGAUCCAAAAUAUGGAUAUUUUUUAAAUUAAUCUGAAGAGCAGAUUCCAGUGAAGUAUGACCAUUGGUCACAUAGAGUUAUUGCAAUAGCAAUUGCUGAUUGACAGAGAAUCCUUGAUAUUUCAUUAAAAUUGUGCCUUCAAAUUAAUCUAAAACUCUUGCAUCUAUAUUGUUUGUAUUUUAAGGGUCCUAAAGGUGAAGCUGUUGGAUCCAUAACACAACCAUUACCCAGCAGCUACUUGAUCAUCCGAGCAGCUUCAGAAUCAGAUGGUAAAUAAAAGCACAUUCUGUCAAUAACAUUUUCUGUGAAGGCAAUACAGUAUAUCCUAAUGUGAUUAAACAGUUUCAGGAAAUAUUUUUUUACCAGCAACACCAUGUGUAGCCCAGAUGUUUUUUGUCCCCAGAUUUCUUUUUCUCAAAAUAUUCACAGUAGGAUAAAUGUGGAUUAAAAAAUAUGAAAACCAGAGCUUGGUAAUACAAAGAUAGUGCAAUAUAGGUACAGCUUCCCUGCAGAAGACUUCAGGCUUAUAAGACUUAAUAAGGCACAGCUGGUCCAAUGUACAUGACUCAUUGAUUCUGUGGCUAUAUAUUCAGACUCCUGCCUGUACAAUGAGACUUCCUCUUCCCCGCCUCUGCUCCAUAGGGUUUUUUGGGGGGGAGGGGAACCUUGAGAACAGAUUGGGGGGAUGUGCAGAAAGAGAAGAGGGAGAGGAACUCCUUGUGCUAACAGGGGAAGACUUUUUUGGAUGUAGACCGAAGUGCAGUGCCUCCCCCCCCCCCUCAGUAUAUCAGAAGCUACUAGUGCUGCAGUCCCAAGCAUACGUGAAUAAAAACAUGUCCUAUUGAAGUAAAUGAGACUUAACCAAAAAUAUAGUUGGAAUCUGGCUAUGUGUUGAAAGAGCACAGAUAAUCAUUUCUGGUCUUAAGAGGUCAGAUAUAAAAUCCUAGUUCUGUGCUUUAGAGGUACAUCCAAAUGAAAUGCAGAUCUAGUAUACAGUUCAAAUGGUGAACUCAGUAACACGGGGUAUUAUACUAACCAAAAAUAUGUAUUUUUAGGUAGGUGUUGGAUGGAUGCAUUGGAGCUGGCUUUGAAGUGUUCAGGUUUGCUCAAGCGCACAAUGAUUAGAGAAGGUAAAGAACAUGAAGUGACCUUAACAGAUGGUGCACACGUGUCUUUCUAUGGUCUGCUACGUGCAAACAACGUGCAUAGUAGUGAAAGCUUCCCGUAAGUUGUUCAGAUGUAUAACCUUUAUUGUGGUGGGGGUGGGGGGUCAUGAAUCCUGUUCCAAGGUUAAAUUCUUACUGUCGUUUAAAUAGUUUUCCAAUGUUUUCUUUUAUUGGUCCUUUUAUUGGUUACUUUUUUCACUGUCUUGGCAAAACUGCUGCUUGCUAUACUUACUGAAAAUAUCACUAGAAUUUUUAAAUAAGCACACAAAAGGCACAUGGUAUGAAAAUAAUGGUAUCUAAAAGUAACUUUUUAUUUUCUUUAUAUAUUCACAUGUUAACCUGUUGAGUACAGAUAUGCUUAAGGAUGCAAUUGUGUUCAUAUAUGUGCUAGUUUAUGGUUGUGGAAGGACAUAAGAUGCAGGGAAGAGACGUUUUCAUCCUUCCCUUUUUCUUUUAUACCACCCGCCUCAUAUUCUUCUCAUAGGCUGGUGGAGACCUAUCCUAGAGGGCAGUGUUCGAAACUCCCGUUAUUCUGGGCACAUUUCGUAAUGGGGAAGUUCAUUAAUGCACAAGCAGUUUCUGAGCUCUGGGUGCAGUACUGCACCUAAGAUUUCGGAUUAAAACUGCAGAGUGAAAGGAAAGGAGGACCUUUUCCUGCCUCUCCACUUCCAGCUACUCUCUGAAGACUGGAGAAGAGACCAUCUUAAGAAUAUUAGGGGCAGGGGAUGGACUAGACCAUGUGAAAUAUGAACAUAAUAUUUUAGCUGCAGUUCAUUCAUUUUCAGCUUUAUAUUGUUAUUAAAAAAAUUGUGUCUAGACAUUCCAUUAUUGUGCCCAUAAGCUAGGUUUAAGGUGCUUCCAUAUCUCGGUUUCUAACACUGCUAGAGGGUCCCUGUAGACAAGGUAAAUGGCAAAUAAAUGACUUAAAAGCCGCCUCCGGCCCUGCACCCUUCAUCAAUGUUACAAUUCUUUUUUAUUGUUCCCUGCUAACACAAUAAUGUUUUCCUUAAAAAAAGAAAAGUUCCUGUAGGAACAAAACAAUUAUCAAUAUUAUAGAGCUGAUUUGUAGGGGGACCUGGGAAAUGGAAUUUCCCGACCAUAUCUACCAUACCUUGAGGCUAUACAGGUAGCCCCCAGUUUACGCGGGGGUAACGUUCCGAGGCAUCACACAUGUUGGUGAAAUCGUGUAUAUUUGAAAGCCAUUGGAAAAGCCUACAAACACCCCAUUCUGCCCCCUCUCUGCUUUUUUAGUGACAUUUCAGUGAUGUCUUUAUGAGGUUUCCUGGUCACUUCCAGAUACACAGUUGCACACAUAUUGAACACACAUAAAUGGGGAGCUGCCUGUAAUCUUCUCCCUCCCAAACACAUUUAAAUAGCUAAGAACCACCAGUUCUGGAAUAGGGCUUGCGCCUGUAGUAUACAUUCAUUAUGAAAUGGAACUGGUUUGCCAUUGUUUUGCCAGAAGUUAUGAAACAGCUACAAAUAGAAACUGUUGCCACACACCUACUACUUCUCUUCAGCUCACUUGUUAUGUUUCAGUCACUCAAUACAACUGCAGGAGCAACAAACUACAGAGUGGUGAUUGGUUGAGUUAGCUGUGAGUCACAAUGCUGGUACUUACCAGUGGCUUGAACUGCUAAAAGACCCCACACUGUGACUGUAGCACUCAAUUCAAAGAUAAAUUAUUGCAAUGAUUUCUUUAAUUACAGUGUUGUAGCUGUACAAACAUUUCUGUAUUAACUCAUAUUGAUGUAUUUUGCAAGAAAAGCCAUAUAUUUUAAUACUAAAAUGUUAUCUACAAUUUUAAUUGGCAAGCUUAGUACAUUCUUAAUUUGAUCACUACCUAUGUAUGUGUAAAUGUAUUUUAAACAGCUAAAAUGGAAAGUGUGGAUUGUUUCUCUGAGUCUAUGGGGUAAGGUCUGUUAUAAAACCUAAGGAAAAACAUACAAUUGCAGUCUAAGCUGUAGUAAUUGCAGUUCUUUUUAUAAGCAUAGUUACUUGGUUAGUGAUAAAGUAUUGGUGCUAUAGUAUAAACAGAGGUAAAACCAUAUGAAAAAGGUUAGGAAUUGAAGUUGCAUAAAUUAAAACUUAGGAUAGAUCCCAGCCAGAUGUAAGUGUUCCUAUGUCCCACUCAUUUAAAUAUGCUUUUAAUUUUUCCAUUAAGUGAGACUGAAAAGUGCUUAAAUUUGACUUUAUUGUGCCUAAUGUUUACUGAACUGACCACUCAAAAGCCAUAAGUUGAGUUGAGUUGCUAAAUUGUAUAAAGGAUUGAAACCUAUCUCUUCUUUUUUUAGGCUAAAUGAUAGUGAAAUGGAAAGGCAUCACUUCAAAGAUCCAGAUCUGUAUUCUGAUAAAUCAGAUAGGGAAAAUGAUCAUGAUCGCGAUGAAUCGGAUAAUGAUGGCUUGGGAGAAAGUGACACUGACACAUCUGAGCGGCAGGAUGACUCAUACAUUGACCCUGAACCUGAUCAUAUCAAGGAAACAACGUAUUUGGAAGAAGUUCAUGAAGAGCUUGGAGAGGUUAAAAAAAAAAGUGUUUUUAUGCAGUAGUAAUGUUUUGGUUUUAAGGUUUUGAAACUAAAAUUGUACCUUGGAAAGGCAGUCAGUUUGGCAACAUUUGAAUUGCAAAAUGGUUUCCUUUGCCUUUUUAACACGCACUUUCUUGUCUAAUGUCCCUCUAGCUGUAGCUCAAUUUUCAGACCAUUGGUAGAUUAAUUGCUUUGGUUGCUUAAUUUUUAAAGCAUAUCUAAGCAUAAGAGGCCACCAUAAAAAGCAAAAGAAACUGGUAGGAUUUGGCCAAGGGACUAUGGCUGGCUAAAAUUGAUGCAGAUUUAGAAAUAACUUGACAAAUCAAAACACUAAGAGCCAGCCAUUCACCUGAGCCGACCCAAAGGUAAACAGAGAUUAUUCUAGAUUGACAGCUGAUAAGAGCAGCGAAGACAUGCCCAAGGGCAUUAAUCAAGGUAAAACAGAAAUUUUGAAUCUCAUGGUUGAGUUGGAAGUUGUAGUGUGUUGCACGUUAUCUAGCCUUGGUUUGAUAAAUAGCUGUUCGGUGUUUUUUAAAAAAUAGUUCACGUUUCCCAAGUGCAGCAUGUGAAUUGCUUCACAUGUUAUAUUUUGGCCCUUGCUCAUUCAGGGUUGCAGGCUCCGGGUUUUAAUUUAAAAAAACAAAACUGCUUAGGAAUAAAUUGCCCAAAGUUGAGUCAAUUGGAGUGCUUUCUCUUAAGUUGUCCUUUGCAGCAUUAUGUAUUUUUGAUGGGUGGGUAAAGCAAGUUUACUAACAAACAUGGGCUCUGACCAAUGCAAAAUAAAUAUGAAUUCACCCCACGUCAUAGAGAAGGCAUUGGCAGUUUUGAACCACAGUGACUGAAACCAAAUACUUUCUGCAAAUGUGCUCUUUCAAUUAGUAUCAUGUUUAUGUUCUAUUCUGCUUUGUUGUUGUUGAAGGCAGGAGAAGCUUCCCAAACAGAAACAGUAUCAGAAGAGAACAAAAGCUUGAUAUGGACAUUACUAAAACAAGUACGCCCAGGAAUGGACCUCUCCAAGGUGGUGCUGCCCACGUUUAUUUUGGAAACUCGUUCUUUCUUGGAUAAACUCUCUGAUUACUACUAUCAUGCAGACUUCUUAUCUGAGUGAGUUGAUUUCAUUCCUCUACAAUAAAAACUAACUUGAUGUAUCCGCUCAGUAUUUUGUUUUCAGAAGCAUUUUUUUAACAUUGCUUUCUUAAUAAGUUGUAAAACAUGUCAGGCCUGCAAUAAAUCAUACUAAUGCCCCUGGAAUUUUCCCAUCUUUUGUGGGGCUUACCUUUAAAGUCCUAAGCACCUUGGGAUUCAUGUACCUGAGGGAGUGUCUGUUCCCACACCAACCUGUCCAUGUCUUGAGAGCACCAAGAAAGGUGCUGAUCCAAGUACUGCCUUUAGUUAGGGGUUCGUUAUGGUUUUUACAAGGUGUUGUUGUUGUUUAGUCGUUUAGUCGUGUCCGACUCUUCGUGACCCCAUGGACCAGAGCACGCCAGGCACGCCUGUCUUCCACUGCCUCCGCAGUUUGGUCAAACUCAUGCUGGUAGCUUCGAGAACACUAUCCAACCAUCUCGUCCUCUGUCGUCCCCUUCUCCUUGUGCCCUCCAUCUUUCCCAACAUCAGGGUCUUUUCCAGAGAGUCUUCUCUUCUCAUGAGGUGGCCAAAGUAUUGGAUCCUCAACUUCGCGAUCUGUCCUUCCAGUGAGCACUCAGGGCUGAUUUCCUUCAGAAUGGAUAGGUUUGAUCUUCUUGCAGUCCAUGGGACUCUCAAGAGUCUCCUCCAGCACCAUAAUUCAAAAGCAUCAAUUCUUUGGCGAUCAGCCUACUUUAUGGUCCAGCUGUCUCUUCCAUACAUAACUACUGGGAAAACCAUAGCUUUUACUAUACGGACCUUUCUUGGCAAGGUGAUGUCUCUACUUUUUUUUUUUUACUUUUUUUUUUUUUACAAGGUAGAGGGCCUUUUAUGCUUUAGACUUUGCCCCGACUUUAGAAUUUCUUUCUAAAGAACUUCACACAGCAAGUUUUUCAGUGUUUUGAGAAGGCUUUCUUAUUUGCUCAGGCAUUUUAGCGGUGUUAUUAUUUCUAGUUUGUACAGGAGAUUUUUUUUUAGUUUUAACUUGUUUUGUCUUCUGCCUUCUUAUAUAUAUUUACUGGCUUUAAUUGUAUUUCCAUCUUGCAUUUGAAUUAGUUCUUAUUCAUAUUUUUGUACACUGUUCUUUAUUGUCUACAGACAAGAUCUGCUUUUUACUCUAUCCACAUAUUAAUAGUUUUGAAAUUUUAUUGUACAUUGUUAUUUAAUUAAAAUAAAGACUGUGUCCAAAAAAGUACUUAAAUUUGCCUAACAAAUCUUGUUUUCUAGAGCUGCCCUUGAAGAGAAUGCUUACAAUCGUAUGAAACAAGUUGUGAAAUGGUAUUUGUCAGGAUUCUACAAAAAGCCAAAGGUAACACUUUCCGAACACUUUUUGUGGUAGCUAAUCCCUUCCCCUUUCACUCUUUUUCCUUGCCCCCACCCCCAUACACUUUGGUGCAGAUCAAAAUUUGUCUAUAUACUCAUGUAGGAUAUUUCUGGAUACUAGUAUAAUAAGCCUGUAGGAUGGUAGGGUGGUGGCUUUAAUCAUGGUGUUUGUUGGUUAUAUCUGUAGCUGGCAGGGUGGGUUAAAGAGGGCUCUUUUCUGCCACUUCACCUUCCUGAAUUAAAAUUGUAAUUUAAAUUAAUUUAAUUUAAUUUAAUUUAAUUAUAAAGGUCUUCUGUGACCAUGAACACUUUGGGCCAUGACCAUGCUCACUAUACCAUGUGGCUUCUGGAGGGUGGGCCAUUGAUCAGUUUUACCCUCAGCCCCAAAAUAGUGACAGCUGUUGUGGGAGCUUAAGGGUGAGAAUAAUGGUUGUGCAGUGUAAAAUCUAGCACAAUAGUUGUGUUAGCAGUAGCUUGUUGUGCAGCAAGUUGUACAUCAGAAAGUAUCAGGGCUUCAGCAGUCUGUUGCACAACUACCUGUGAGAACCAUCCUGGUUUUCUAUCCUCCUGCGCAAACCAUUCUGCUAGCACAACUAAUACACAGCAAUCAGUACAUAUAGUCCUCUAUGUUAAGAAAGGCAUACUUUUUACACAUUAUUUUUUCUCCCUAAACACACGUAAUCAGUCAUCUCUGUGUCUGGUUGACUGACUCCUCAGACACCAAAUAGCAGCUAUGGCAAAGGUCCCUGUGAAAGACAUGCCAUGAAGCUCACUGGUGACCUUGGGCCAGCCACAGUGUCUCAGCCUAAUCUACCUCACAGGGAUGUUGUGAUAAUAAUAUGGGGAGAGGGAGAACCAUGCACACCACUUCGAGCUCCUUGGAGGAAAUGUGGAUUAAAAAUGCAGUCAGUCAAAUACUUAACUAGUAUGUGGUCAAAUAAACACACAGUGCUGCCCCUUCUGCUUUUGAUGUGAGCACUGUGGUAAGGGUAAAGGGACCCCUGACCAUUAGGUCCGGUCGUGACCAACUCUGGGGUUGCAGCGCUCAUCUCGCUUUAUUGGCCGGCGUACAGCUUCCGGGUCAUGUGGCCAGCAUGACUAAGCCGCUUCUGGCGAACCAGAGCACUGCACGGAAACGCCGUUUACCUUCCUGCCAGAGCGGUACCUAUUUAUCUACUCGCACUUUGACGUACUUUUGAACUGCUAGGUUGGCAGGAGCAGGGACCGAGCAACGGGAGCUCACCCCGUCACAGGGAUUCGAACCGCCGACCUUCUGACCAGCAAGUCCUAGGCUCUGUGGUUUAACCCACAGGGCCACCCGCGUCCUACAGUGCAAAGUUGGCAGGCAAUGUUGUCUAGUGAUUUGACUACUGGAGUGGUUUAAUAAAAUGUAAUGUGAGUCACAGAAAUACAUUUCCAUAGUUGCUGUGCCUCUAUAUGCCCUACAAAUAUGAAAUUUACCAUAGCUUAUCCUGAGAGAGCAUGUCACCAUAGGGCUUUCCUUUAAAUACUUACGAACUGAAAACUAUUAGGCCCGUCUUUUUUCAGUUGGAAUGUAUUUUCUUAGCAAAAAUUGUCUCUCUUUUCAGGGACUUAAAAAACCCUACAACCCUAUCCUCGGUGAGACCUUCCGUUGUUUGUGGGUUCAUCCAAGAACAAAUAGCAAGACUUAUUAUAUAGCUGAACAGGUAUUACCAAAGAUGUAACAAACAUGGUUUUUUAAUAACUACCAGCAUUUCUUCACGUUUUGUAUUUCUUUACAGUGUCAUCAAAUAAAUGAAGAUGACCAGAGGAGAGCUUGGCAUAAUAGAACCAAAACACUUCUAUUUUAGCAUGUUUCAUUUUUCCUUCUUUCCUUUCCUGUUUUAGGGAUAUCAGGUAGAUUAUGGUUCUUACUAUUUUAGGCCUAGGGCUCUUUCUUAUGUUGAAGGAAACACCAAAAGUACAAGUGAUUGGUUUUUCUUCAGAUUGUAUAAAUCUUUCAUACAAUGGUGUACAGGACUACAAUUUUUAUGGUAGAAGAGCCAUCAGACUUGGGAUAUACAUCAAACAUAUUUUCCAAAAGAAUCUUCACAGAUUAGACAGAUUCCAUUGCUGAUGGCAUUGAUUCCAAAAUACUCCAUGUGACACUGUGGAUAUCUCCUUCAAAUGUCAGCAGGAAUCUCUCAGUCAAUGUUAUGCCAAGCCUUUGUCAGGAGUUCAGCCUACACUUGAGUAGGACCCUGGCAGAGAACAUGCCCGACUGGCAUGUUCCCUCCCUCCUGGUCGAUUGUUCGGGAGCUUCAAAAGCUUUCUUCUGCCCGAACAUCACAGCAACCGAUGCCAACCGGCACACUUAGGGAUCCGCAGAGUUUGUGCAUCCUGCAUGUGACAGACCUCAGCAACUCAGCAUGUUGGCUAAUCUACUUUAUUUACAUAUAAACACACACGGAACACUGCACGGCUCCCUCUCUCUCUGGCAUCAGACAGCAAAGAGGAAAAACAAAGGACAUUAGUCCCACUUCACGGAACACAAUACACAAACAUCCUGUCUCCAUCACUUCCCACUCUGUGGAGUCAAAACAUAUACCGUCAUGUGAAAGACAAAAAUCCCAUGACUGCAAUCAUGGAGCUGGGAAUUCUGACAAAAUUUGAGGUUCUUUCUGAUACGCUAGGUGAUGUUUCGAAACCUGUAAACUUGUUUCACAAAGUUUGAUAAUCUGAAGGCAAGCGUUGUGGUGAUAAUGUGUCUGUAUGUAGGACAUGCACAAUCAACUCACGAGAACUGACUUGUGAAGUUUGAGAACGGUUCUCUAUAUUUGGAUACGACUUGUUUGUACUUCCCACCUUAAUUAAGAAUAAAAUGUUACAGUUCUCAAAUUUUCUAGCCCAUGUGUAAAUAUUCUUUUGGGAUAUAUGUUUGAGUAUCUCAAGUUUGAUGGGUUCUCCACAACAGAGUAGAGUUUGAGUGGAAUGCUAAUUUAAGGGCAAAAUAAUAAGUAAUUGUUAAGAAAAGAUGGUGGCUCUGUCUAGUAGUAAAACUGGUGCCUGAAAUGCAAUAGUGAGAUUUGUGCAUGUGUAUCUCAGUUCAACUCACUUGUAACUAUUACUUUCUCUUUAACAAUCAGCCAAUUAUCAGCAGUCAUAACUACUGCAGGUUUCUGGGUAGUUCAUUAGUUUAAUUAUGUUGAUGUCAUGUUUUUGCACACGUAUCUUCAAUAAUACUUGGUGUGUAGCUGCAUAUUUGGUGAAUUACAUCCACUUGCUUAGUGAAUAGGAUUCCAAAUUAUAAUUCUUCUGCACCCUUUGCUUGUUGCCACAGAUUUUCACAGCAACUCACCUGCUUAUAUUGAAUUAUGUUGCUUUCAACAGGUAUCUCAUCAUCCUCCAAUAUCUGCCUUCUAUGUAAGCAAUCGAAAGGAUGGAUUUUGCCUUAGUGGUAAUAUCUUGGCCAAAUCCAAAUUUUAUGGUAAGAUAUUGGGUUAUUUUUUUAAGUGUCUACAAAAAUGUGCCUAUUUUUGAUGAUGAAAGUGUGUUAAAUAAUAAUAAUUUGAUGAAUGCAGUGAUAAAAUUGAAUUGAAAUAGCUUUCUCUCCACAAAAAAGAGUGCCAUAGUUCUUUUAAAUUAAUAUUAGUCUACAGAAUUUUCUGUGACGACACUAUUUAGUCUUGUAAAUCUUCUGUACACUCUCUGGAUGUGCUUCUUUGAAUCUUAACAUUUUAUUGUUUUUCAGGAAAUUCAUUAUCUGCCAUUCUGGAUGGUGAAGGACGGCUGCUGUUCCUAAACAGAGGAGAGGAAUAUGUAAUGACCAUGCCAUAUGCACAUUGUAAAGGUAAAAAUACCAGUUUGGCCAAUCCAACCUACUUACUAUCCAUUCUUGUUACAAGUGCUUUCCCUGCCUUCUGGCAAGCACAGAUAGCUUGAGAAUGAGACAAAGUCUGGGCCGACUUGUAUGGAGGUGUGAUUAAGUGAAGAAACUGGAGAAGAAAUGACUACUGUUUCUUCGUUUCCUCAUAACCAUAACUCAGGGAGAAAAAUGAUUGCUAAAAAAUAACUGUUGCUUGUUUUGGCCCGUGAGAAAUCAUGGACUAGAGUAUGACCCAAUUUUCACACAAAAAAUCAUUUGUUUUUGUGGGAAUUUGGUCCUUCCCUAAUUUGGCAGACACAUUCUGUCUGCAAAAAUCCUUCAAUAAAUAUUUAGUUGUGCUGCACAAAGGCCACUUCUUCAUUCAGCGGUGUUCUUUAUUUCAUGUAAGAUUGAAUAAUGGGGUAUACAUGAUAGAUGGAACUUAAAAUAUGCUAAAACCCUCCUACUCAAUGCAAAAGUGAGCCCUCUCUGUGAAAAAACAGUCCAGAUAGUUUGCAUCAUUUCUAAAAGAAGAUUAGGGUUGUGAGUCUGCAAGGGGAGAGAAAUUGAUAGCUGUAGGUCAUACUGAGCUUUGCACAGCGCUGGGACAUUUGAAGGACAUUCUCUGUAUACCUAAGAACAGGACAAUGAAGGACACAGUGCUACAUACAGUGAAUGAUAGCAAACAUUGGUCACACUCAAAGCAGACUCAUUAAAAUCAGCAGAGUUACUCCGUAUAUGGUGCUGUUGGUUAUCACACAGUAGUUAUGCAUAUUUGAACUUAAAAACAAUUUGAAUUUCUGCAGUGAAGAUAAAGCAGUAGAAUAAAUAAUGUUUUCUAAAUAAUUACUUCCAAUAAGUAAUGUCUUCCGGUGAGGAUUUUAGUAUUUUUGAAUUUAACCAGCUGAAGAUUUCUGCUGACUUUGUUUCUUGUUUGAGGGCUUAUGAGCCUUUGAUAGACAGUGGCUUUUUAAAGAAAAGGAUUAGCCAUAUUGGUGAAUUUUUCCUCUUGUUAUUCAUCUUGCCAUCAGUUAAUUCUUCUUGGAAUGUAACAAAAGGCAUGGGCUUUAAUAUACCAUCUUUCAUUAUACUGUAGGUAGAAAUGGAAGUACAAAAUGGAGGUAACUUUGUAACAGAAUUAGAAUUAAAAUGAGUUCUUUCUUAACAGGAAUUCUGUAUGGCACAAUGACUUUAGAGCUUGGAGGAACUGUUAGCAUCACAUGUGAAAAAACUGGAUACAGUGCAGCACUUGAAUUCAAGCUAAAGGUUAGUUAAACCUGUUUAUGGGCACAAGAGGAUUUAGCGUUAGAAAAUACAGAGUAGUGCAUUCAUUCUUUUGGUUCUGCAGAGGAAAUGAGACCUCUUUUAUUGGCCUAGUUUAUUUUUGAAAUGCUGGAAGCAACCUUUGAAUAUUAGUGGUGAUGGUGAUAAUCAUCAUAAUAAACCCUCCAGUACCUUGUAAUUCUUUUCACACUUACCUAUUGAACUCAGUGAGACGUAUUUCUCAGUAAACAGCACAACCUUAAGCAUAUUACAGUUUUGGACAAAAAAAUCACUCUGUUUUUUAAAAAAAUAUCUGACCCAAAGUUAGCUGUAUUUAUUAAUCAGUAGAAUAGUUCAUAACAUUUAUUUAGAAACUAUGCAGAAAAACAAGACUUUUAUAUUAAUCCAUUCAUUUUAACCAGAGAUGGGGAACCUGCUGCCUCCCAAAUGGUGUUGGACACUAGGGAUUAUGGGAAUCGUAGUCCAACAGCAUCCAGAGGCCAUAGAUUCCCCCCAGCACUGAUUUAAAUAAUAAAUAAUAAUAAAAUUUUUUAUUUAUAUCCCGCCCUCCCCAGCCGAAGCCGGGCUCAGGGCGGCUAACAACAAUAAAACAGUACAAAAGUACAGCACAAACAACACUCUAAAAUCAUUCAUUAUAAAAUUAAUUAAUUCAAGCCACUGGCAACCAUUGGGCCAGAGCUCCGCGAAGAUUGCCGAGGGAGGGAGUCAGGCUGUGCCCUGGCCAAAGCCUGGUGGAACAGCUCUGUCUUGCAGGCCCUGCGGAAAGAUGUCAAGUCCCGCAGGGCCCUGGUCUCUUGUGACAGAGUGUUCCACCAGAUUGGAGCCACGGCCGAAAAAGCCCUGGCUCUGGUUGAGGCCAGCCUAACUUCUCUGUGGCCUGGGACCUUCAAGAUGUUUUUAUUUGAAGACCGUAAGUUUCUCUGUGGGGCAUACCAGGAGAGGCGGUCCCGUAGGUACGAGGGUCCUAGGCCGUAUAGGGCUUUAAAGUUAAAACCAGCACCUUAAACCUGAUCCUGUACUCCACCGGGAGCCAGUGCAGCUGGUAUAGCACCGGGUGAAUGUGAUCUCGUAGCGAAGACCCCGUAAGGAGUCUCGCUGCAGCAUUCUGCACCCGCUGGAGUUUCUGGGUCAGUCUCAAGGGCAGCCGCACGUAGAGCGAGUUACAAUAAUCCAGUCUGGAGGUGACCGUCGCGUGGAUCACAGUGGCUAGGUCAGGGCGAGAGAGGUAAGGAGCCAACUGCUUAGCUUGGCGGAGGUGGAAAAUGCCGCCUUUGUUGUAGCUGCAAUCUGCGGCUCCAUGGAAAGGGAGGUGUCGAAGAUUCCACCCAAACUCUUAACGGUCGGUGCUGGCACUAAUUGCGACCGCAAGAGAUGGGAGUUGCCCCCCCCAAUCCCAUAUCGUCCCGUCCCAGCCAGAGGACCUCUGUCUUCGAAGGAUUUAGCUUCAACCGGCUCCCACGUAACCAUCCAGCCACAGCUUCCAAACAUCUGGUCAGUGUGUCUGGGGCCGAGUCAGGAUAAAAAUAAAGUAGUAAAUUUAAUAAAAAUAAAGUAGUAAAUUUAAUACUUCUGUAGCUCAGAUAUAGUGCCAUAGUUAUUAGUUGCUCUAGUCAUGAUGUGUUCUGUGCACUUCCAGCAUAAUUUUUCUUUGUGGAUAAUUUUCUUCGGAUAUCUCUCAAGGAAUGGAAGAAGAGUUCAGUAUUUGAUUCUACUUAGUUCUGGGGGAAUGAUGACAGACAUUAUCUUUGAAAUACAUUAGGCUGACAUUUCAGAAACCUCUUAGCAGCUUUUAGUAGCCUAAUUUGCUUGUCACACAAAACCCUACUUUAAAUAAACAGUACAUUGAUGUGAAUGAGCAGCAUGCUGGUGCACACUGCUCAGAAGUUCCCAAAGAACUUCUCUCCUACUGCUGUCAUUUUCUGCAGACCAAACAUGCCAGAAUCUGACUUGUUGUGUCCUCUGAACAUGAGCUUUUGGUUUCUCACCAAACAAACCACAAGCAGUAGAACAAAUAUUGGUUUCCACUCAUGAUUUGGGAAUAAACAAACCACGUGCCUGGGUCAGAAGACAUGGCAAGCCUCCCUUUGGCUUACUUCAUCUGCAGCACAAUAGGUGUAAGGAAGGAGCACUAUGGGAACUUUUACGUUAAUCCCAUCAUUUGUUUUAAAAUAUUGGCAUAAUGCAAUGUGUUAACUGAGACAUUAUCUUAUAAAGUUCUACACAGCAUUAUCAAGCAUCUAAUCUUUUUUCUUUAAUAGCCAUUUUUGGGCAGCAAUGACAGUGUUAAUCAGAUAAUGGGGAAAAUUAAGCUUGGAAAAGAAGUGCUAGCUACUCUGGAAGGCCACUGGGUGAGUAGCAUGUUUAUUUUCAAUUGUUGGGUAGCCCUUUAAAAUUUCUCUUACAUUCAUUGAAUUAUUGGUACAUAAUGCUGUUAAGAAUAGCACAUUCCCCCCUCCAAUCCCCCUUUGAUUACCCUAAUUGCCGUUCUGAUCAAAUAUUUAUUGUAACUUUUCAGAGGCCUUUCAAGAAUUUGAACUUCCACUUCAGAUUCUUUGUUUUCUAGAUUCCAUUGGUAGCAAAAAGUUUUGCAGAAGUACUGCAUCUGAGGUCAAAACCUGACUGAAAGUAAAUCAGGUUCCCUUAAAUCAAGUUCCUCUUGCUGAAAUAAGAGAUCUAUUUUCAGAUUUGACUUUAAAUUGUCCCCAACCACGUAUGCCAAACUGGCAGAACAAACCUCAUGGUUGCAAAAAGUGACUUUCUGAGGGAAGUCUUUGUUCUUAUUGACUUUGUAAGAUUGUUUACUCUUUGACUACAAAGUAAUCUAAUAUGUUAAACAUUACAGGACAGUGAAGUUAUUAUUAGGGACAAAAAGACAGAUGUUUCAGAGACAUUCUGGAAUCCAACACCUGAGAUCAGACAGCGCAGAUUAAGAAGAUACACAGUGAAGUUUGAGGAGCAAGGUGACUUUGAGUCAGAGAAGUAAGUUCAUAUUAAACCUGUUUUCUUAUAGAUUAAUACAUAGCAAGCAUCAUGCAGCUAAUGGCUGGAAGCAGGAAGGGUGGAGGGUGAAAAACAUAGUACAGCAAAAAAUACAGGAACUUGAGUUGGAGUAAAUUGGAGAAAUAAUUUCUAAAAUAGGUAACAAAUUGAAAUCAAGCUUAUGUGGUAAUUGUAAGUUUUGUUCAGAUGAUACAGCAGAAAUAAACUUGCAAUGAAUAUAUCUGGACCAGUGUCUGAUCCUUAACAGUUGUAUUACUUGUAUGUGCUAGACUUUGGCAACAUGUGACCCGAGCUAUAAAUAACAAAGACCAAUCAGAAGCAACUCAGGAGAAAUGUAUUCUUGAAGAAGCACAGAGAAAGGCUGCCAAAGAAAGGAAACUUGCAGAUGAAGAGUGGGUAUGCAAACUGUUUGAGCCAGAUCCACUCACAGGGGAAUGGAACUACAGAUACGCAGAGUAAGUUUUGGUUUGCUUUCCCUUUCUACUUGGGAUACUAGCAAACAAUUUUGAAACAGCUUGUCACAUACUACAUACUUGACUGGUAAUAUGAUCCUUCAUGCAGAUAUAUCAGAUAAUGCUUUCCUUUAGAUGAAGUGACCCUCCAGAUCAGGCAAGAUGCAUAUUCCAGUCUUGAUCUUCUUCAUGAAAUGCUAGUACCUUGCAUUUUGAAAAGAAACAGGAUUAUUAUUAUUUUCUCUUUUUGAAUAGACUUACUUAACUUGUACUGUGUCCAUUCUCUGUUGCCCACAGCACAAGACCUUGGGAUCCACUGAAUGAUAUGAUACAGUUUGAAAAAGAUUGUGCUAUCCAAACAAAAGUCAGACAUCGGACACCAAUGGUAAGCUCUUGUAUGAUAUUAAGUGGGCAAGUAAAAAACAGCAGAUUAUCCUUUAGAAUGCAGAGUCCAAUAUUUGUCUCAUGGCCAGUUGCCUUGGAGAGAUUAAAACUCUAAUGAAAUCCUUCCUUCUUACCUGAUGAUAAGCAAGGAAAGUUCACUGUUAGCAGAACUGAAGAAGCUAAAUGACAGUCAGCAUAACUCCUUCCCAUCCCUACCUUGCAUUUCAAACAUGAAAGCUGGUUGUUCAUUUCUUCUCCUUUUUCCUGGGUUUAAUGGUGUUGCAAGGCCAAAAGGAAAGGUUCAAUUACUGGAAACAGUAUUAUUUCACUUCAUUUACAGUCUUUUAUAAAUCCUUGUAUCUCUCAAAAACAUCCAUAGAAUCUCCAACACCAAGCCCCAGAGGUUUUGGUCUCAAAGAGCAGCCCUUAAGAACAGAUUAGCAGUACCCAGUUCACAAAUUCUAUGAAGCAGAGGCUCUCUUUCUUCCAUAUACCUCAAACAGUCUCAUAUAACAUGGUCAGAUGUUUCUUCCACCCCACAACGUUCACAACAACCAGAGUCAAUCCCUCCAGCCUUACAGAGACCACUCUAAAGAGCACAAUGCCUCGUCAAAAUGAUGAACAGACUGACCUCUUUCUAAUAUCAAAGCAGGUUGUCACAGCAAGUGUAUUAUCUGUCUUGUUACUGAGCAGAUAAGUCUUAUGAAUUGCAGGUUAGUGUUGCAAAAAUAAAGAGGUCUGCAAAAUCGAAGAAAGGGGAGAGUGGCUUCUCAUCGCCAGAACCUGAUAAUCAGGACUCCUCUGGUAGUGAAGGUAAGUUCACACUAUCCUUUUUUCUUUUCGGAUAGAAUGCAGUAGUAGUUACAUGCCUUUACUUCAUUCUCCUUUAGACUAAAGAGGUUGUGUUGUAAAACGGUGCAUUUAUUUUAGGAUUGGGAACAGUUUUUUUGUCCUGUUAUGAAAGGCAGAAAAAGAGAAAAGUUAUGUGAUUUUAUUUGGAGAACUAAAAGCAUUUGCCGCCUUUAAAGAUUUCCAUUCUUUAACCUAUCUUGCAUUAUUUGAAUUACUUCUGAAGGGCAACACAAACACAGUGCAAGAAUCCGAAAGAAGACACUAGACCUUGGUGAACUGCAAAGUGCCAUUGAAUCUAUAAGAGAGACGCAAGAAGACAUUAGAAGGUGUGUAUUUUUGAAAGUUUUUCUGUCUGUUUUUACCGCGAGUGCUUUGUUCAGAAUAAAAAACGCCACUUAUUUAUACAUGAAUCAACUGCUAAAUAAAUACAUUAUAUCAAAUCAUCCUCGUAGGUCAUCAGUUCUCAAAGGUGUAAAUCAGACUUCUUUAGUGAGGCAUGACCAGUUUCUUAAAUGAACGCAAUAUAAUCUCUGAGGCCAGUUUCUUUGUACUUGUGGGGUGGACCAGGAAUUCACUAGUUUUAUUGUGUCUCUACCCGUGUUUUGUUCAGUAGUAGGAAAAUUCCAUGUUUGUUUCAUGGAGUACUUGUCUCAGGUGCCUCAGUGCAUCCUUUAGAUCUGCACAAUAUUCAUCCUCUGUUUUGUUUCUUGUGUUUGUCUUGGCCAAAACAAGACAACAUUUGAUCUUAAGAUCUCGUAUGUUCUUAAGAAUAGUUAUCAGGCAUUUUUGUCUAUGGCAUGAGAGUUAAUAUCUAGGUCUAAUCUUCCACAUUGAAGAAGUGGAUUACCAGAAAUUUCUAUAUUAUUAUUAUGGUAGAUUAACUAAAACUUUAGUUGAUAGAUCUACUACUGAAUAUAUGAAUAUUCUGAAUAUAUGCUUUUGCAAAAGUUACUUUGGAGCAGAAAUUUCCAAAUAUUUCACUAUUGGAGAUUGUAGAAGUUGGGCCCACAUAUUUGUGCCAGCUCUAAAGUGAACCCCACCCCCUUUGGUCUCCCAUUUUUAGAACUUGGGGUUUCAUCCCAAGGCUCUAAUUGUGGCCUCUGAUGCUGGUGAAAACCAGUACUGUAGGAAUUUCUAAAAUACCUGGAACAAAUCCUGAUCUAAUUGCCAUGUAUUUAGUAUGUGAUAUUUUAAUAAUUUCUGUGGUGCUGAUUUCAGAAUUAGCAACCUUUUGAAUUCACCUCUUUUGUUCAUACAUUUUUGCAGAGACAUCACAGCUCUAAGAACCAGAAUGACUUCAAGCUCACAGACUCCAGAUAAUAACUUCUUUAACUUCAAGCACUAUGUCUUCAUUUUACUGAUGAUUCUCCUGCAGCUUGCAAUCAAUUACUGGUUUAAAUAGAAUGACUGGACAGAUGAAUAUAUGAAGUGGAAAUAUCAUGUUCUUCGUGGGACCAUAUUUUCAUCUUGGUUUGGCGUCAAAUAAGGCAAUAUUAUCUAAAACACAGGGACACAGAAGAUUUAAGUCUUGGCCUUAAAAGGCUGUGCUCACAUGGAGCAAUGUCCGUUAUAUUCCGUCCUAUCCAGAUGACAUGGACAAUGCUUACAUACCAGUACCUUUCUCUUUACAUCUUUAAAACGCUGGAUAACUGCCUUGCAUAUUCUAAAGUGUUGUAGACUGCUCUGAUAAAUACCAGUACAGAAUAUAGCAGUCUGGGAAUUCAAAAACACAUAUCUUUCUUCACUGUAAUCAUAUAAUCUCCAGUGGUCAUAUUAACAAAACAAGUGAAUUCUAACCUAAAACGUCUUCAGAGUUUAGUGGGAAUUAUGGUCUUCAUACAUUCAUUAGGAAAAUUAUAUCCAGGGAUACUCAUUUGGAAACUUAAUAGUGGUAAAAAGAUUAAACUACUCAGUUGUUCAUUGCCAUUAAAAAAUGUUUACGCAAUUAGUCCAACAUUUCAUUAAUCGCACAUUUCUGUGAUUGUUACUUAUCUGCAGUUUUCCUUAGUUUAUGAAAAUGGAAUACCGUUGAUCACAUUAGUGAAUUUAGGAGAAAUACCAUUACAACAGUCCAAAGAGAGAGAUUUGUGUGCUCAGCAACAUUCAAUUCAUUUCUUCCCAAACAGCAUCGUCUGUUGGCAAAUUGCAAGGUGCUGUAUUAGACAGUGAACAGUUUCAGAAACUCAUUAUGUUGAGGUGCAGACAGUGGAAGCCGUGGUUACUGUUGGGGUAGAAAAAGGGUUCUGUUUGAUACCAGAAAAGACUUUCUAGGGUAAUGAAGCAUCAGCAUGGUUUUCAACAAACAUUGGGUUUAAUGGAGCCAUUUGAGCCAUUUGAAUGUAAUUGUGUCUGAACAGUUAUGCUAUAAUAUACAGUCUUGGGUAGCAACCUCAGCGUUUCAAGAAUAAAUCCCAGGAGCCAGGUAAUUCCCACACAGUACUGUCUAUAAACAUUUGCUUUGAGGGGGCCUAGAUCCUAGCGCUCACUGUAAAUGAAAAAAACCCAGUCUUCAAAUCUUACCGGAUGCUUUCAAAUUUCCAAAAGACAAAUCUGUUCAAAACCAAUUUUUAGUCCUGCUAUUCUGCUUGUUUACAUGACAUAUAUAGUAUGAAUUUAAGAUGCAAGGCAACAUGCAGAAAAGUAGGAUGUCCCAAUUUUCAGUGAUCUUAUUUUACAGCAAAUAUAAAUUCUUUCAGUAAGACAUGCGUAUGUGGCACGCUGUCGAUCAAUUUAGCAGUCAAAUGUUAUAUAAGAAGCUGUCAAUUUACUACUUUUGUUAUGUAGUCUAAAACAACUUAAGCAGAGUAAGAUAUCCUGGAUUCAAAUCUUUCUGGUUUAAUAUUUGCAUAUGUCCAGCCCAAGAUGGAGAACCCGUGGCCCUCCAGAUGUUGUUGAACUCUUAACUCCCAUCAUUACUGGCUGUAAAAGUGAAGAGUGAAGAGUCCAGCAAUAUUUGGACAGGCUUCCCAUCCUGGUCUUGCCUGUCUUUCAGGUCUUUCCCUUUUGUUCUGCCUUGUGGACUUUUUGCCAAAUCCAAAUUUUUAAAAUCAUCUUUAAAUACGCAUCAAAUAGUGCACAUUUAACACACAAUUCCAUAACAGUGUAUUAACAGGUUUCUAGUGCUGCAAAUCAAAAGUUAAGAUUUAAUGUGGUUGUAGCAGGCAGUUUAGUCUGCAUAGCUGGAUGCUUUACAGAUUGCCUGGGAUGCUGUCAUAGUUACAAAUACAAGUUGGUAAAAGAACUCCAGUGACAGUAGCACCACCAAAUAUUUAUGCUGAGGUUGAUGAUCUAUAUGUAUUAGUGAGCAUUUGGGACAACUAGCUGUUCAUACACUGCAAUACCCAGUGGUCAAAACUGUUAUGUUAACUUGCUUUCACUGGACUUUCGCCCCUGUCUGCUUAACGUGCAUACCUAAUAUAUUCUAUGUCUGCCUGCUUGCACAUAUGUUCUGUUCGUGCAUUUUUUUUGUAGAGCUGGAAAACGUAUUCAAUUGCUUUAUUCUUUGGGGCAUUUCAUUAUUUAUUUGCUUUUAAGAAAACUUUCUGUGGCAAAGUUAAGUCACAAGAGUCCUGUCUUCUCCUGUCUCAAAUAUAAAAAGCACAGCUCUUAAAAUUUAAAUUCCUGCUUUGCUCCUUUACAGAAUUCCUUGGCUGAGCAAAACAAAGGAAUUUAUUGCCUGAUUAAUUUUUUUAUACAAUGUGGUUGAUUAUAAGCCUAGUUUGUUCAUAUAUAAUAUUUAGCUAUGUGUAUACGAUCUUAAAUUCCUUCAGACCAACUGUUUUCUGCACAUAGUUCUAAAAACCCUGAUUGUACAGUUUGUAGAACUCUGAAGGCAAUGACGUCCCUGUUAAUUUUUAGUAUUUAAAGCAGAGCACUUGAUUUCUCACUCAGUUGUGUAUAUUUUAUGUACAGAAGUAGAAAAUAUUCAGAAUUGCUUGUUACUGCCAUAUUUAUGGCUGUUUGUUUAAAAGAAAUGCACUAUAAGCCUUUAAUAUGCCAUGUAACCAUUAACAUACCUAAAAAGAAACUAAAUGUGUUGGGUGUAAAGUAGUAAAUAGAGUUCUGGCAAUACACAAAAACUUGUGACACGUGUUAGGUUAGUUUUUAACUAUUAAGCAUCCCUUAUAGGAGUACAGCAUGCUUCCUUUUCAUGAAAAGUUCAUUCUAACAGCUAAUCUGUAUGUAUCAAAGGAUGUUACAGUUCACUGCCCUCCUGUGCCUUUGGGGAAAAACUUCUUGCCAAUUCAAUGUUAAUGAAAUGGAAUGAGAGUUAAAUACAUUCAUCUCGUCUACCACGAUGGUAGUUACUUGCUUUAACAACUACUUUCUUCAUGGUUUUUAUCCUGUUGUAAAUAGAAUACUUAACUGCUAAACUCUUGUGACUGCUAUGUUUCUACUGUAUCCUCAAUUUUUGGGCAUCUUUUGAGAGCAGGCCAUCAGAAACUUGAGUAUUGUAAUAGUGCCUUGAUGGAAUUCACACAGAGAUGAGGUGUGUUUAUGAUAACAAUGUUGUCAAGGUUGUGCCAUAUCUAUUCAUUAAACUUGGAAGUUGCUAUAUUUCCAAUAUUAACUAUCAGACAAACAAUUUGAAAAAGAUAUGGUACAUUUAUUGAAGAACACAUCAAAUUUUUUUUCUUUGAAUAACUAGUAAUGACUAGGACCCAACAAGAUCUCCAGAUUUUGGAGUGUGUCUUCUUGUACAAUGAAGCUGCAAUGCUUUGUUUGUGAUACUACAAAAAUAGCCAUAAUAAAAAUCAUAACAUCACAGACAGAUUAUUUUGGCUUCACUUUGGUUUUCAUGGGUCAAAACAUUCUGAGAAAAUAAACUUUUGUGAACAAAAGUGUGUGUGGGAUGUGAGGAGGAAAAUUACUAAGAAUUGAAAGAAAAAUAAGGUCUCCAAUUCUUGAUGGAGCUUGUGGAAAAGAACACUUCUAAUCAAAUAGCUUCCUUGUGUGAACCAAAAAACACUUUUAGUGGAUUUAAACUUUGGCUCAAAUCUGGAAAGCACUUUUAAAUAUAAAGCAUUCUGCUAUUCUUGAACUCUUGUUCACAUUCUUUAGUUUUUGAGCUUCACACAGUUCCCACCACAUUUUUCUUUUUUACUUUAACACAUUGCUUGGAUUUUUAUACUGUUACACUUUUUUAACUGAAAAUGGGCUGUUUUACUAAAGCUGUACAGACCAGUGGUUAAUCCAGUGCAUACAAUAUAUGUAAGGAAAAGUAAGAAGUUAUGUCAGACAAUGUGAAUGUUAAUGCACAUAUUUUAUAUAUAGAGAGAGAAGAAAACCCUAUUCAUGAAAGUUUUUUGUUUCUACAUAUCAUGUAAAGUAGCAUUAUUAUUGCACUGUUUUCUUUUUUAAAAAAAAUCAUGCUGCAUGCAGUGUGAUAAGAGAAGCAAGUAAUUCCUUUAAAAGAAGUGGAAAUUGUGUGUUGCAUGCUUAAAUGUACAGCUGAGUUCCAACUUGUUUAAAAGGCCAUUUGUAAAUUUAAAGCUCUACCAUUGGUCAAUAGUUUUGUACACUUGAAGAAAUAAAAUAAAGAGCUGUGAUCAAGAACAGUA